AUGGCGGAUGAUCAGAAGGAAAGCGUGAAAGCGAAUAAAGAUGAAACACUCGAAGAUUCGAGUAGUGAUGAUGAUAACAGUUACAUUAAUAGCGGUGAAAAUGAUGAAUCGGUGAAGACCUUUAAGGAUCUGGUGAGUUUAUAAAACAGAGGGAAUAAGAGGCUCAUGAUGUGGUAUAAACAAGCAUUAGCAUGGCUGUUUAGCUAGCUGAAAAAGGUGUUAUGUAGGUAUACAUCACAUUCAGUAUAAUUUGGAUCUGUGAUCAGCAUGUAUAGCUUUUCUCACCGGAGUGUUUUCUGCUGGUGACAGGGUGUAACUGAGGUUCUCUGUGAGGCUUGUGAUCAGCUGGGAUGGAAGAGCCCGACAAAGAUUCAGAUUGAAGCCAUACCUGUGGCUCUUCAAGGUGAGUGAUCCCUUUCUGCUCUUAAUUUUAUUAAAACCAAUAGGGCAUAAAGUUUUAGGAACAUUGACGUACAUAAAAUUAACAAUACACUACCUUCAAAUCCUCUAAUUCAUGCAUUAGCCUUGCAUCAGCAGCAGAGUGAACUGCUUUUACGUGUGUCAAUAUUAUGUAAUAUGUUAGUAUGACAUGGUCCCACUAUGAUAAUUACUUUAUUUGGGAAUGAUAGCAGUCCCAGUGAGAAAUAAGCACAAUUUGUAUCCAGGUAGUUGAAGUAAAGAUGAUUCCACCUGUAAGUGUGUUUGGAAGAAGUUUAGUGUCCAGUGAUUCAGUACAUCAUGCCAUUAAAAAGUUCUAACUUUAUGAUCAUCACAGUAUGAGUGUUUAUGUCAACUGCUGGGGUAUUGGCCAUGCUUUAUUCCUAUAAUAACACAUUUUUCACUUUAGGUGAUUUUUUUUUUUUAACUUCUUUUCUUUUCCAUCUUUACUGAGUGAUGCUUUUUUUGUGAUGCAUUGCUUACUAGAAAUGUCUUUAAUACUUACCACUACAUACUUUAGUAAAGACUGCAUGAUAGCAAUACAGAGAGCCACGCACUCAACCAAAACUCCACUCUAUAGCCACAAAUAAUGCAGCACCUAACUUCAUCAACAGUACAUAUAGGGUCUUGGUCACAACACUAGCCACCAAACAUCUUUUUAACUUUGCCUAAUUUCUUUAUCAAAGAGAUCAAAUACAACUCACCUACUCUCUUCCAGCAGCCGCUUGUUUGUAUGGAGACCCCGGCCGACUCCGUCAACUGCAGCAGGGUGACGCAGCUCAAGAAAGAACAUCUACAAUCAUUACUUUAUCAUUUCCUUGGAAGUAAUAAUCAGCAUAGUAAUCAUUUUUGCACUGCAGACGCGGUAGAUCUUCUGCCUAAGCGUCUUGGUCUGACUGCAUUUCCAUUAAGAAAUUAUCAUAUAUGUUCUUCCUUGAGCUGCACCACCCCGCUGCAGUUGAUGGACUCGGCUGAGGUCUCGCUACAAACAAGCGGCGACGGGAUGUCUAACUCGGUGUUACGGUGUGUUUGAUCCUAACUUAAUUUUACGCCAGAAUACCCCUUUAAUGGUGCUGAAUACCUGCUAAUCCAACCUAAGAAAAAAAAAACAGCCUAUGAACACUUCUUAACUGCCUGCCUGGUGUGAAAUUUGACUAAGAUUGGAGCUUGCAGUAAACAGAAGGAGUACAAGCAUGACGCCUGAUUAAUAAUAUUCUUAUUGAAUCACAUUUAUGUUUGUUUUUGAUAGCAACACAAAAAAAGAAAAUAGAGAACAGAGUUCUUGGUGCUGCAACACAUUUGUACCACUUGUGAAAAUAGUUAAUAUAAAAAUCAAAUAAUUGUUAAAUUGCAAAACCAAUGCUGAUCACCUGUUAGCUGGUAUGUUUGAGUUUAGUUUAUUUAAGCAAUUUUCAUGGUCUGCUUAAACAGAACUGUGAAGUCUGGAAAAGCUGUGCCUGACAUGUUCCCUCAUAGUUUAGCUUUACUCAGCUGUCCUUCUUGUCAUGCAAGUGUCAUAAAUUCAGGACACUACGAUUGAUGAAUGAUUAUAUUUCCUUUCCCUGAGUUUUACUUAUUGGGCAAAUGGGCUGUCACUGUUGCCCUUUGCUCACAUCAGAUAUUUGAAUUUGCCCUUUUUUUAACUACAGGAAAAGAUGUUAUCGGCCUGGCAGAAACUGGUUCAGGAAAGACGGGUGCUUUUGCUCUGCCAAUCCUCCAGUCUCUACUCUCCUCACCUCAGAGGCUCCACACCCUCGUCCUCACCCCAACCAGGGAGUUAGCCUUUCAGAUCUCAGAGCAGUUUGAGGCUCUGGGCUCUAGUAUUGGUGUAAAAUGCGGUAAGUUUUCAUUGGGCCAGUUAGAUUGCAGAGGUGUUUUUAGUUUUUGUUGACCAUCACUUAAAAACUUUAUCAUUUCUGUCGCAGCUGUUGUCGUUGGAGGAAUUGAUAUGAUGUCUCAGUCCCUGGUGUUGGCUAAAAAACCUCAUAUUGUUAUAGGUAAGUGAAUAAUCAUUGUAUUUAUUUAACAGAUAAUAUGUAGCAGUUUCUCAAGCUAAUAUGCUCUGAAUGUGUCAGUGUAUUUGCUUGUGCCAAAGUCCUUAUAAACAUUUUUUCAUUGUCUUUUUAACAAAAGGACUGCUAAUUUUGGCAUGAAUAUGAUGUGGUGAUUCCUGUGUGUUUGCAGCCACACCUGGUCGAUUGAUAGACCACUUGGAGAACACAAAAGGCUUCACUCUACGAGCUCUGAAGUUUCUGGUGAUGGAUGAAGCAGACAGAAUCCUUAACAUGGACUUUGAGACUGAGGUGAGUAGCUAGAAACCCUCUUAUUCCAUUCCAGUGUAACCCAAACAACAUCUUGCAUCCAGUAUGGAUUACUGUGUGUCCAGACAUCACAGUUUUGUUUUGUUUUUGUUUGUUUUUUUGCUUGGAAAAACCACUAACUUCCUUUUAAAUGUCUUUUUUUGUCAGGUGGAUAAAAUCCUAAAAGUGAUUCCCAGAGACAGACGAACCUUCUUAUUCUCAGCCACCAUGACCAAAAAGGUACUCAGACAUUCAUCUAUACUCAGUUAAGUGCUGUUGUGUUUUGAGUCAUCCUUAGUGAUGCAUGCUUACCUGCAAAUCUGACAGAGGAAACUGCCUUUUUCUUGCUUUCAGGUCCAGAAACUUCAGAGAGCAGCUCUGAAAGAUCCUGUGAAGUGUGCUGUGUCCACCAAAUAUUCCACAGUAGACAAACUGCAGCAGUACUACAUCUUCAUACCAGCCAAAUUCAAGGUAAAGCUGCACUUUCUCAUGUAAUUUUGAACAUCUAAAACCCCUGAUGCACAUGUGUUGCACAAUUCUUAACGAUACAUAUGUUUUGGGGUUUUGUUGACAGUUUUGUGUUUGGUUUUGUGGCAGGACUGCUACCUAGUGUCAAUCCUGAACGAACUUGCUGGCAACUCGUUCAUCAUUUUCUGCAGCACGUGCAACACUGCCCAGCGGGUGGCGCUGUUGUUGAGGAAUCUCGGAAUCACUGCAAUCCCUCUUCAUGGCCAGAUGAGUCAGGUAGAGCUGCAGAGGAACAAACCAAUUGAUCCAAGAAUUAAAAACAGAUUAUCAGCUUUACAAAAAAGUACUUGAACAAGCUUAAGAACUUGUUGCUUUUGGGAGUAAAAGCAACUUGGGGAACUUAAAGAUACAAUUGCAUGAAAAUCUAUAAGAGUUUUGUGUCAGUGAAAUGUUAAAUACUCACUCUUAAUCUUGCUCUCUUUGUGUUUCAGAAUAAAAGGCUUGGGGCUUUAAACAAGUUCAAGUCAAAGUCUCGAUCUGUGCUGCUGGCAACAGAUGUGGCAUCCAGAGGUCUGGACAUUCCUCACGUAGACUGCGUCAUCAACUACGAUAUUCCCACUCACUCUAAGGUACAUUACUGCAGUUUUUCUUUUUCCUGUUUCUGCUUUAUUUUGGGGUUUUCAUUUGCUCUAUUUGAUAUGAAUGGAUCUUUGUCUGUCCGCACUCGUAGGACUACAUCCACAGAGUUGGACGAACAGCCAGAGCAGGGCGGUCUGGAAAAUCCAUCACUUUUGUCACUCAGUAAGCGCUGCCUGUUUCCCCCCCAGUGUGUGUUGAUAUCUGAGCUUUAAGUGAAAAUGUGUGGAAGUAAACGGUGCUGUUGUGUUGUCUUAGAUAUGAUGUGGAGCUUUUCCAGCGAAUUGAAACCUUGAUUGGGAAAAAACUUCCCGCCUUCCCAACCCAGGAGGAGGAGGUGAUGAUGUUGGUGGAGAGGGUUAGUGAAGCACAGAGAUUUGCACGGCUGGUAAGUCCUAAUUAUGGGUUGUAAAAAAAAAAAGAGAGACAUUUAAUCGGAAAAAACGUCUUUAGAUAAUAAGUAUCUUGUCUUCCUCAGGAAAUGAAGGAGCAAGGCGAGAAAAGGAAAAGACCCAGAGGGGGAGAUCGAGACGAGGACGACACAGAACAAGCAAGCGGAGUGAGGAAGAAAGUGAAAGGAGGGGGUGGAGGAGGAGGAGUAGGAGGAGGAGGGAAAGGAGGGAUGAAAAAGAGAGGUGGAGGAGCCUGGAGGGGAGGACGUUGAAACCUUCAACAUGAACAGACUUUGUAUAAAAACAACAGACCAGUAACUUGCCUUUAUUGUGUUUUCCAUAUAAAAUUUGACCAUAACUGCUCACCAUAAUCCCAUGGAGUUUGGUUUCCUCUGAUGCCUAAAUGGUACAAAGCUGAAAGACAUUAGUAAUGUUGUACUGUUGAGGUACAUGUUUCAAGUGACAUAAACGCAAUUUUACAGCUUCUAGUUUGUUCAGAAACCAAGUAAGAAAACAGCUGGUAAGGUUUUAUGGCAAAAGGAGCUGUAUUUUAAGUUAUAAACAACAAAUUGUAUGACUCAUCUACACUUCUUGCUAACCUUAGAGUUUUGAUAGUGAAACCCCUAAAAUACCCCAGACAAUGUUGUUAUUAGCGACCAGAAGCCUUAGCUUGCCAUGUCAUAUAAACCAGUGUCUCUCUAAACUUUCACUAAACAUAAUGAUUUUAAACUAAUUAUUCUUAUGAAAUAUUUAACUUAAAAUACAAAGGUGUAACCUAAUUGAAUUCAAACUGUUUUACCAGUGAAAAAUGGAAGCCAUCUAAAUAUAUAAUUUUCAUUCAGUAUCAAAAAUCAUACUUUUCCUGCUCUUUUAUUUUUCCAUUUGUAAGAAGAAGAAGAAAAAAACCUAAAAAUAAAUGUUGCCAUUGUAGUAGGUGGUAUGUAUAGACCACACAGAAGGGACAAUGUUACUUGAUUUCUGCCCAUUAUGAGACGAGAAGACAAAAUCUGCCUUGUUGGGUGCUGACAUAUCCCACAGGUGCAACCAAGGCGUGCACAGAGGGGACCUGGCUGGUAGCAUCGUGGGACUGAUGUAAUGUCACGUCAAAGACCCCAAGGUUGGUACAGUCCACAGCAAGACUGAUUCAUUGAUCUGAAGCAGACACUUGUGGCUAUGGGAGGUGUCUGUCAGGUUUUCUCUCACUGUUUCUCCUCUUUUGCUUUUAUGAUACAGAUCACUGCAGAAGCCCACAUUUAAUAGAAAUGUUAAUAAUGAUAUAUCACUGCUUCUUGGAAUUAAACAAUUAAAGUGCAAAAAAGACCAUUUGGACAUGAAUCAGUACAAUUAGAACUAAAUACCAAAAAGCAUGUUUGAGGUAAAUAUAUUCUAAGUGCUUUGAAUUUAUGUUUUUAUUCUGAAACCAGUCAGCUGGGGGAGCUCUAAAUAUUUCAGCUUCACAGGUAGUAAACACUUUUGUUCAUUUCAUAAAAAAUUGCCCUGAGGUAAUAUGCUUGUGUGACUUGUUUCUGACAGAAAAUGCAACUGUUUCUUUCAGAUGUAAGAUGGUGACAUUGCAGUUUACAAGAGAGAAAUUGGAGUCACUGUGUCUAUUUUGAUUGGCACAAAAUAAGAUUCCUGCUAUGUAUUUUCUGCCAGGUUACAUAAAAAGGGCUUGGGCAGUAGUAACUGUUAUUUUGGACCCCUUUUUUUGGCAACAGUUGUAAUAUCUAUUUGCAACAUGUUACUGGUUUUCAGAAAAUUGAGGGGUUGGUUCCUUUCAGCCAAUGACUGAUAGAGGGAGAGAAAGACCGCAAAGUGGUAGCCCAAUUGUCUCCAAGCUGCUGUAGUGGGUGUGUGCCCUGCAUAGAUAUUUGGGGGGUAGAUUUCAGAAUAGACUCCCCACAGUUUAACAUACUGUGAAAUUCCCUAUCAGCGCGUUAACUUGCGAGGAAGACAAUAUUAUGAGGGCAUUGGCACGCACGGGCUACGUUUCUGCUCAGGUGUAUCCUCCCACAACGUGUCACAGUUCGCUGUGUAUUGAUCUGCAUGGUCACUCUCUAUGUGAGCGCAGUCCGGUGUAGGCGGGAGCAGAAGCGGUCAAGUCUGCUCGCUUUAGGAGGGGCCCCAGUGUGGAGGCAGCACUGUGCCUGUGGUGCAUACCAAAGCCCAAAUACAUGCCUGCAUUUCAAUUGUGUGUAGCUGCUAGUUGCAUACAGGGUCGAAUAAUCUUCAAGGGGGAUAUCGGACUGCGUGGUGAACAGGAUCUGACUGCUGCUUUGUUGAAUACCGUUACACCAGGUAAGCUGGGGGGUCUCUCACCGCGAGGACGGGGAUGAGGGAGCGCGUGGGACGUAUGCCGUUAGUGUGGAUGAUGGAGCUGGCGGUGAUAACUUGACAUAGUUGAACGGUUGCUGCUCUUUUUAUGUCCAGAAACACACCUUAUGUAAUGUUGUUUGAAGUCUACCUCGCAGAAGACAUUUAUAAAGGUGUUAACGUUCAUUUAAUGCCAGUAGGGACAAUGCUAACUCGCUCUAGUGUAUUUAAUAUUCGAUUUCAGUCGGGUUUUUUUGCGGCGUAAUGUGUGCCCCGCAUCCCCACACUAGUAGGCUUCUUUGUCACAGAGCUACAAUAUCUGGCCAUUAUAUAAAAGCACUACUUAUUCUCAGAAAGCUUGAAGAGCUGAAUUUGGUAAAGGUCAAAGAAAACUCACACAGACAGCCUCGCAUAUGACGCUGACGUUAAAUACGUUACUGCUUCUAACGGUCGUUUACCCGAUAACUUUUCGCUAGCGUUGCCAUAGUUACAACGUUCUAUAUCAUGACAUAGGACAUUCCGGUUACCUACUUUAGCCUCAAAAGCUUACCAUGUAGGUUGCGCAGGUUCAUUAGAGCAGGUAUUAGCCUAAUAUUAUUUGUAAACAGGACUUUGGUGACAAGUUUCCCUCCUGCUGGUUUUCGUUCAUUCUGUGUCUCUGGGGGUUUGCCAGUGCACAGUCAUCGCGGUUGUUGGAGAAGCCCCGUGUGUUUUGACAAGUGCAUGUUGGAGACAUGAUCUGGAGGACGGGUAGCUGUGAUAAAGUGGACGUACCGAAAGAUAUACAGAAGAAAACUGUGAAGAGUACUGCUUAUGUGCCACUCACGACCUCUCUCUGUCCCGUUUGAUCUGCAUAGAUGAGUAAAUACGCAGUAUGCGCAUUUCUAAAUGUGCAGAUGCUUUUGGUGAGAAGUCAUGCACUCACCAACUUUUAAUUUGUGUUAUCAUGCGGCACCAGAUUUCAUGCUCUGAGCUCGUCACAUAUGACACCCACUUCUCGCUGUGUGGGCGCAGGACAUUUGAUUUAAUUCAUACAUUCUUUCUCAGAUAAUUACCCAGUUGAAUGUUAUCCUAUUUUUUUUACACAGCCAUUCGAUUAAGGAUUAAACAGUCCACAAAACAAAGUCAAAGUCUACAACUGAGGCAUUGCAGGCUUCAAUAAGUUGUGUUUGAUAUUAAAUCAAAGCCUGAGUUAUCAUGUAAAGAGUCUGAAUCCAUAAAUUAUGAGCACGCAAGAAAAAAAAGAACCUUCAAACAAAGUAGAAACCUUAAACAGAACUAGACACAUUGGAACCAGCCAUCUGCUGACCAUCAGGAUUGUUCCAAUAAAGAGACAUUUAAGUAUUAAAACUGUAUAAAACAAAACAAAGUCUGGGGAGAAUUUACCAUGGGGAUCUAUAUUUUUUUAGGGGGGUGCAGGAUGAUGUAAGUGCAAAACUACAAGUAUAAACAACACAAAGUACCAUGUAACAGACAAUGUCCAACAUAGUUACAACAUAGGAGUGUGUCAAUUGGAAGGUAAAAAAAGAGGUGCCAGGGCUGGGAUCCAGGUCAGGGCUGAGCCCAGGCACUGUUAUCAGGUUUGGAGGGAGAGACACUGUUCUUGAGGCAAAGUUUAGUCCUGGUUGACUGCAGCCUCUUGCCUGAGGGGAGGGGUCUGAAAGAGUCUGUUUGCUGGGUGUGAGGGUUCUGCCACAAUCUUACCUGCAUUCUUUAGGAGGUCUGGUCGACAUUGCACUUGGCAGCCUAUCACCCUGUCCUUAGAGGGGAUGAUACACUGUAGCAUGGCCAUGGCGUACCAGACUCAUUUAUGGGAAACCAUAUGGCUAACCAUUUGGGUCAAGACAUUCGAGGUGAUUGGAUACAAAAUUUGAGCAAUUCCAAUUACUUUGCAUGAGAAUUUGCAACUACCAGACACUCACUAUGGUACUAGCAUGGCAAAAAAAAUACACAUGACAUCAGUGCAGAUAUUUCCUGGCUUAAACUCUCUGUCACUGCCAAUUCCAAAAUCCCUGCCCUCUUGUCUGUUUCAGGUGGCCGCGUUGCUCUGGUAAACUCCAGAAAAGAUGUCUCAUCGGAGUGGGCAAGAGGACCCGGAGCGGUACCUGUUUGUGGACCGGGCUGUCGUUUACAACCCGGCCGCACAGGCUGACUGGACAGCAAAGAAGCUGGUGUGGGUCCCCUCUGAGCGCCAUGGCUUUGAGGCAGCCGGCGUGCGGGAGGAGCGGGGUGAAGAGGUGCUGGUGGAGCUGGCGGAGAAUGGCAAGAAGGUGGUUAUCAACAAGGACGACAUCCAGAAGAUGAACCCGCCCAAGUUUAGCAAGGUUGAAGACAUGGCUGAGCUGACCUGCCUGAAUGAAGCAUCGGUCUUGCACAACCUGAAGGACCGGUACUACUCUGGACUUAUAUAUGUGAGUAAAAUAGAUCUGGAACCUUCAAAGUUUGGGCUUGUUUAUACUUCCCUCACUGGGGAAUGAUUAACCUUAAAACUCACUGAUCCUUCUGUUCUCCCUGCUGCAUAUUAAAUUUCACUUCUUGCUGUUUCAACUGCAAAAUAACAGACAGGUUUUCUACUUAAGGGCACUCUGGUUCAGCUGGCUGGAGUAUGACUUUUACACUGUUAUGUGAAAAUAAGAAUCAACAUUUAUCCCUUGCAGACUGAACCUUUUGCUUCUCUGAUUGAGCCCUGACCUCACAUUCACAUAUUUGCACACAGUAUGAGUGACAGAUCUCUCAACUCUUUUAACCAUUGCCAGACUUUAACCCCCUCUAUAUCUCCCGUCUGUGGUGCCCUGAGGUUACAGAUUGUUACUUCCCCCUGUGGCUUCUCCCUCACCUUAGCCCAAAUGUAGGCCUCCUCCAUAAACAUCCCUGGUUUCAGUUUGUUUGUCCUGCUCUGCUCUCCUACUGGUGGGCCUUGUUUGAUCACUGAGAUGGCUUGACCUCCCUCCCUCUACCCCUCUCUCUCUGUUGUAGCAGUCUGUGUAAAACUCAGCAAAUUUGGCCGGACUGUGGAGUAACACUGAUGGAUUCAUAGUGUCUACUUAUCUUCAUCUGCUUUCACAUGGGGGCACGAGCACUAGAGUUUAAAAUUUGUCAGUUUGUGCAAAGUAAUUACAACUAGUAGAUAAGAAGUAAGAUAAGAUAAACUAUCCAUGUGCUACUGGGAAAAUCAACCGGAUAAAACAAACCAAAAAGUCUUUGAAAAUACAAGGGAUGAUGGAGGAAUUAAAGAAAUAAAACCAACAGUAGUUAUAUUAUGAUAGUAAAAAAAUAAUGGAUAGCUUUGGUCACCUCUCAGUAGAUUUGAUGUGAUUCAGAUUGGAUGUAGAGAAAAUUGCCUUUGUAACAGUUUUACUGUUCAACUUGAACAUGCAUACUUUCUAAAGGUAGAAACAUGUUUACAUAUUCAAAUCCAUUUUUUCUAAUGAAAGACAACAUAAAGUCAAAAUUGAGUUAUCAUUCAAAACCCAGAUGAGGUGUGUGCUGUUAUGUGUGUCUGUAUGCACACCACCAAGCUAUCUCUUUAUGUCUAUGUCAGUCAAUCGCAGCUGCUUAAUCUCUCCUCUAACCACUGACAGUUCAGUUGUUAAACAAGUGCAAGUGCCUUUCAUGCUAUUGAAUACAGAAAACACACAGAUUGAACCGUUUCAAAGCACUUGAAAAAGAUCAACUUGAAAAAAAAAUUCUUAUUUUGUGUUAGCAUUACAGUUGUAAUGUUAAUUUUUCUCCUGUUGCAUUUAUAGUACUAAAGUAUAAGUCUCAGAGUCUGGGAAGUACCUCUUUUAGGUACUUAAAAGCACUAGAAAAGGGUCUGCAAAUUCACUCUAGAACGAUAUUCUUUCUCUGGUGUUUGAGCUGGACCUGGAGUUUGGAAAAGUCCUGGAAUCUGUGGUGGGAAAUGUGAUCCAAAACAAACAGUAUGUAACUGUGUCACUGUGGUGUGGUUAGUUUCUCUUGCAAUAUCUUACAAACACGUAAAACUUGUUAACUGAUUACAGCCAAAGUGUGCAGUUGUGUGUAUCAUGGCAUUGGCCAGUAUCCUAGUAUUCCUUUUAACCAGUGAUGGAGCUUCUCUGCGAUGCUGUGGUUGUGACCUUGACCCAUUUACUGACAUGAUUUCCAGAAAUAGAAUGUGGGUUGGUUUUUCACCUGAGAGACUCCAGUUUAGGGACUGAUUUACACAUCACCACCAACUUUCAGAUGUUCCUUUGUUGUGAAUGUAAUCACUACCUGGCAAAGGUGGACUUCAUGCUAUGCAUAGAUCUUUUGGGGUUGGUGUUUCAGUGAAGUUACAGUUCAUCACACCAGUUCUUCAGUCCCCUUAAAGUUUCUCUUCUUUUUCCCUCUUAUACCACAGUGUCAUGGUUUCUGGUCUUUGGUGGUUCAGAAUUGGCUUUAGCGCUUGUUGAAUCAGCCCUUGGUCCAGAGAAAUUGAAAACAUGUGUGGCUGUGUUGGUUUCCUAUCAGGGAGAGAAUUUUCCUGUUCAGCUUGCUCUUAGAAGAAGAAACCCCCCAAAUUCUUUUUUCCAGUGUAUUGACUUACCCCCCAAAGCUCAGCUGCGUUUGUAGCAGACAUAAUUUAAAACCACCCCCGGGCUGUGUUCUUUCUGAGGUUUGUAGGGAGGACUUCCAUAUCUGAGGCUGGAUCUGCAGGAGUCUGUUAUAAGCUGAGGCCUGACCACUCUUUUAUGUAGAUCUUUACCUUCAUAUACAGGUGCUGGUCUUUGUCUCUCCUCUCAUAUAUGAAGGGCGUCUUCUGCUCUCCGUCAGAUCAAUAAAUACAGAGCACAUUUUUAUACAUAACUGAAGCACUUUUCAAUUAACUCUAUUAGUGGUCAACCAACAUCGUUUUUUAAUGGCUGAAACCAAUACCGAUGAUUAGAGGGCAGGUCGGCUAGUGGCUGAGGUUGUUGGGUUUUUUUGUAUCUUAUGAUAUAUAAUAUUUAAUGAAAACAGUCAUUACUCCACACAUUCCAAUCUAACAUAUGUGGUUGUUUUAACCAGAAAGAUGUUUCAGAUAUACUAUGAUUGAUUCAUGGAAUAGAAAAAUACACUGGGCAAUGCCAUGGAUUCCACAAUAUGGCAUAUUUAUGUCAAAGAUGAUAUGCUGGCGAGUGCCAAAUGAUUUUUUAGAAUGUCAUUAACCUGCCCAGCCGAUUGAUGGGACUAUCUCAAAUGAGUGUGAGAGCCGCAGAAAUCAACAAAUGAAGCCACGAAGAGAAAAUGUCUUGCUAACUAUGAUGUCUUGCUGUUUUAAUAUUCUAUAUUUUAGUCUUUCUGAAAGCAUAUAAAUCUAACAUUUGCUGCUCUCAGCAACCUAAAAAUGUUGUUUUGGCGCUUCACGUCACAGGGAUUGAAACUUUAGACAUUUAAUUUACCCGUAUUACCAUAAUUGGAGCAUGAGUUCAUGUACUUGGCUUCUAAGUAGUCUUAAAACUCAGUAAUUAUAAUUUCAACACCUCUGGUAUAUUUUCACAUCUUUGCCCUAUGGUAUUCUAAAUAUUGCUGUAAUUAAAUCACCAAAAGUCUGUGAGCCAAAAGCCCCUUUUACACUGCCUGUUCAAUAUGAGCCUGUCUUAUCUGCUUGGCUAGCAGAGACUGUAACAGAGGUGUAAUAGCUUCACAGUUGGAAACAAGACAGAACAGCUCCAUGUGUACUUGCAUGUCUUUGCGAUUGUGUCUCUGAGAGGCUCUUGCUGUUAGAUAACAUGCCCCUCUUGUGUAUUCGUAGCAGUGUAAUGCUGUGUACACUGUGGUACACUAACAUUCUGUUACAGGGUUCAGUAUAAAAGUACAAAGUAGGGCCAUCGAUUGAAAUGUCAUUAAUGCUCAUCACUCUCUGUCCCCAUGUGUGCAUUCUGUGACUCUGCUCAACUAACACACCUGCUCUUCUGGCUGUUCUCCCUGCUCUCCUCUCUCCACCUGUGGCUAUAUGGUGGUUUAUACUACUGUAGCACAUGGUAAAGAUACAACCGUCUCCACUUAACACAUUUGGGAACAUCUGUGUAUGAAAGCCUGCCGGCCCCUUAGUGUCCUAAACCUAACCUUUUAGAAAAGUCUGGGUGCUGCACACACUGCUGUGAAGGAGGGAAGAGUGUACCGCCCAGGACAAAACAAGCACAACACAGCAGGCAGCACAGUAAGCAGUUAAUCUCCAUUAUCUUGUUUUCAUGCUCAUGGAAAGCCAGAGUCUUGAUUGAAAUUCAAUUAAUGACCAGCUUUAUGGUACAAAAUAGCAGGGUGUGUGCCCCAGGUACUGCGGCUGCAGGGUCAGCUCCUGGCCUUGACAUCCCUCAGUCUGGAGUCCACAAGUUCCCUGUCUUAUCUUGAAAAGGCAAAAUGCCUUGAUAGAGUGAAAUAACCAAGUAGUAAUAAUGGUGUUCCAGCUGAGUGUCAACAAAACAAAGGUCAACAUUUCAGAAUAGAAUGCAAUAGUAUGGAAUAUAAAAAAUAGAAUAGAAUAAAGUAGAGCAGAAAAGAAUCAAAUAGAAUAGCGCAGAAUAGGAAGAAUAGAAUAGAAAUAGAUAGUAUAGAAUAGGAAAAAUGAAGUAGAAUUAAAUAAAAUAGAAAAGGAAUAAUGUAUGGAAUAGAAUAGAUUAGGAGGAAUAGUGUAAAAUAGGAAGAAUAGAAUAUAUUAUUUAGAAUACAACAGAAUAGAAUACAAUAGAGUAAUAGAAUAAAACAGAACAGAUGUGUAGACCUCAUUGUAAAGGAUGAAUACAAGGAAAUCCUUUGCACUGCUAAAUUGAAGCUGAAAAUAGACAAAAUAUAAUAAAGGUUAGCAUAAAAAAGACGUGAAGAAACUCUGAGAUUGUAGAGACUAUGUAGUAGGCUACUGAAAAAUUGGGAAUUGAAAGUGUUUUUGCUCCUUAACAUGAACUUAAUUCCUAUUGCACAGAUUUUCAAGGGGACUCAGUAUCAGCCUGUAAGUAAUUUUAGCUGUUGGAAUGGGCAACAGGAAUGCUAAACUGAUAUUAAACAGACUGCAGUCAGUUUAGGCCUCAAUAUUUACAUUUUCAAUUUGCUGUCACAAGCAACUGAAACUAAAAGGCUACAGUUACAAUAUUCGUUUUAAUCUAGGAGUGAUUCAGCUCUAUACUUUCACUCUCUGUGUCUCUUUGUCUGACAACUCCAUCUGUGUGAAGUCAGCCACUUCAGCCAACUCAUUUAAUGUAGCAGCUUUCUAUCAGGGGUGCGGUGACGCACAGGCUAACCACACUGCUACACACUAGCCACAGCAGCAGGGCUACAAGCGGGCCUUUGUGUCGUUUGAUAAGCCUCAGCUGUCAGAAAGCCUCAGCAUUCUUCCAUGGCAAAAAGAUCGUCCGUCUGUCUGUCUCCUGCCGCCCACUUCAGCUCUACUGCUGCUGCUCAGUGUCCGUCCUGUCUGCACCACCGCAGCUCACUUUACCACAGAGUCUGAUUCUGUCCUGUUUCACUGCUCCUGGACAAAAAUGAACUGGACUUUGAGCUUGAGGUUUACUUCAAUCUUGACAUCAUCUUGUGUCUUACAUUGUUGGCAUUUUGAAUAUUUCAGUGCAUUUCAAAAUUUCUACCAACUCAUAUCCCAGUCUCCCACCCUCCUGCUCCUCUCCUUUCUCUCCUCUUUCCACCUGUGGCUGCCUCAUAGUAUGCACUGCUGCAGCACAUGUUUAAAAUACUGCAGUAAACUUUAUUGCACAUGUAUGUGAGACCAUGACUAAGUGAAACUGAGAGGUGCCGUAGAGGAGGGGCAGACCACAUGCUCUGUUGUAAAGGAGAAAAAGAAGGGUGAGCUUAAUUUACCUUAUAGGACAAUAUGAUUGCUACACAGCAGGUGGCACAGUCAUUGAUCACUUGUGAUUAUUAUAUUUUCAUGAUCAUGGGGAAUCAUAAUCGUAAUUGAAAUACGAUUUAUUACCCAGUGCUGAUUGACAGUCAUAGUUCUAGCAGCUUAACACUCUUCUGUUUCCCUUCUUUUUUGAAUUCAACCAUUAUCAACACUCUAGAUGUAUUUGCACCAGAGUUUACCCAAGUUUCCCUCGUUUCUAAUUUUGGCUCUGCUGAAGGGCAAUAUUUAAUGUGGUUUAGAACAACAGAUUAGAACAAAAAUGCAUUCAUAAUCCCUGUGGAAAGCAAGUUGAAGCUGUUUUGAUUGAAAUCACAUGUGCCCUCUAUUCAUGCAAGACCCUGAUGUAACCUUUGAUAUAAAGCUGCACAUUCAAUUGCAAUUUCACUCCAAUUAGAUUAUAAGCAUGCACGAUGAACACAUCACAAAAGAUGUCCUCAAACUUAUGAUUCUAUUAUGGGGAUGGUUUGUAUAUUAGUUGUGCUUUGCUGUCCAACUUUGCCCCACACACACACACACAUGCAAGCGCAAACAGUGUGCCCCUUUUUGUACACACAGCACUGUGUCCUAAUGUUUCUCAAAUGUCCCAGAUAUUCUGCAUGGGUCUGAUCUUUUUUCACAAUCUUUCCCAGCAGCACAUUUUACAAAGAUGCUCAAGUAAGAGAUCCCACAUUUAGACAUUUUUUAACUUGAUAUUACUUUAUCUUUAAGGUCUUGUAAUUAAUGUGCUAUUUGUAUUUCACAAGGAUCCCUAACUGGGAUAGUUCUAAAUGACAUUGGCAGCAACUGACUGCAGAUAAAUUUUGAAACAGACGAUCAAGAUGGUUAAAGAAACUGGACAGCUGAAUACAACCAAAUAGAUGAUUUUAAUCUAAAUUGAACCACUGUAUGAGGGCUAAAUUGUUCCCUCUGACAUCUAUUUUGAUGUUUUUUUUAGAAGAGGAGUGAUGCUGAGUUUGGCAUAAUAAGGGGCAUGGUUAAUUUGAUCGACAUGUGGUUGCCUAGCUAUGAAUCAGCCUUAACUCCACCUCUUUGCCAGUCAAUUGGAGUCAGAAAUUACAAUACAAGAACUUCUACCUUUUGGGCUUUACAUCAACCAAAGGGUGACAUCACUGAGAGCAAGUUUAAUACACUCUGUGCUCAAUAUUCAUUUACCUUGACAUUGCCAAUUCAAUUCUGUGCGCUGUUAUUGCACACAGCUGCGUAUUUUCCUCAUUCAACAGUCUAUUUCAUUUUCGCUGAGCCUGAUUUAAUAAACAGAAGGAUGGAUUUGUCGGUAUGAAUGGCCUCAUUUCAUAGUGCAUUAUUAACAGACUGCAGUGUCAUUUUCAAGCCACUUGUAUUCUCUAAAAUCAAGUUAGCAAAGACGCUGUCAUAGAUGGAAAAAGAAGGGCUUCUGCUGCUCUGAAUUAAAACCACGCUGCAAUGAUCAUACCCCAAAAGCCUGCUCUGAAGUGAUCAAUAGCUCUGUUAUGAAAUCACUUAAGUGGAGCACAGUCAAGGGUAUGGUCAAGGUCCUCUGUACUCCACAGGGAUCCACAGUACCCAGAGUGCCCCCUCCGAGCCCUGCAGGGCGCCUGUCCACGUAGGCAGGCACGCCGCUGCCUGACUGAUCAGAGGUGGCAGAUGGGGUCGGCUGUUGUGUCUGCUGUUGCCUGUGUGUUGCUCAGCUGUUACUAGGCCACAGGAUCCCCUCCCCUGGAUCUGGUUUCACAGUGGAAAUAUCACCUUCUCCUUCCUGGACUGGGCCAGACAUGCUGGUUUGGCAGGCGGUGUUGAGUGAGCAGUGUGCUUUGCUAGCUGGCAACAGGAGCAGUAAACGUUCUGAGUGCUGCAGUGAUCCACUAAGAAACUUUUUAUUUUUUCAAAAGCUGUUUAUCAUAGUUAUGAGGACCACAGGCUUUUAGCAGAAAACUGUGGCAAUAUUUCAACCCUGAUAGAAGUGCCAACACAUGUUACCAUUGACCAAUCAACUUCAUAGACUGGUUUUAAAACCUUGAGUUUGGCAGUGUGAUUUUCACCAUCAUGGUAGUUUUGAACCAAGGCGACCACAUGGAAGAGAGGGUGGAGCCUGAGAGGAGGGAGGGUGAAAGGGCCGGAGUGAACAGUAUUUGAACCCUAUAAAGCAUUUGCAUCCAUUAGUCGUUGAUAAGCAUUAAUCUAUACUGUAGCACUUCCUGUAAAGAGAUGAAUCACAUGGCAGGUUGAAUGACAAUACGGUCAAAGAAAAUCAGAUUGAAAUAUUCAUCAACCACAUUUUUUUUUUCGUGAGGAAGAUAAAGCCAUGACAAGCUGAAAUCUUCCACAAACGCAUGUUUAGUUUGUCAUCAGACUCUGCUUGAUGUAAAUCCUUUUGGUGGAUCGUUGGACAUUUAAAAUCCAUAUUUUCUUCCACCGGGGCAUCUAGUCUGUCACAAAACAAGCAAUGCAUUCCUGCAACCUGCUGAGUCAGUCGAGAAGAGCAGUGCUAGCUUUGUCACUUAUCUGCUACAAGUGUGCUGCAGACACAAAUCCUCAAUGACCUCAUCUAUCUGACUGACUUUGAUGGAUGUUUUUUUUUUGUCCUUAUGCCUGUCAGUAAAAAAAGACAACCUGUUACUAGGUGACGUUAUUUUGACCUGUAUGAUGCGAAUCCACAUUGAUGCCUUUUUAUGAUAUUUGAAAGCAAAUAAGACCACCAUGGACAUGAUUAGUUAUUUUAUAUAUUUAUUUUCAACGGCUGUAACUGAUGAGGGGGGAAAAGUGUCGGGUCAAACAGCAAGGAAGAGCUUCGCUUUUACGUUUCUUUCACAGGGGUAGACCAGUUAUCAUCUUUGGAUGAUUACAAAGCCGAAACUUGGCAUUUACCUGACCAUCUGUCAGUCUAAUCUGCUUUAUUUUACUUAUCACUAUUAAAAUUAAUUGAUUAAUAAGCACACAUAACUGUACUGUUAGCACAGCUGCGUAACUGUUUACUCUAAACAUUUGCAAGACACUUAAGCAGAUGAUUUUAUGAUGAAGUUUAUGAUAUCAUGACUUCUUAAUUUUAACAGAGAUUUUUAUUGUACCAUUGUGUAUCAUUUCCAAAUGUCUGUAAAUAAUGUCAUGAAGUACUACUAAUUGGUCCCAGUAUUGGCCCUGAAGACUAAAACAAAGACUAAAUCUAUAAUAGCUGCCAAAUGAAUGAAUUACAUGAAUGAGUCCUCAGCAGGUAUGGAGUGUUUCUGUUGAUAUUUUCAUUAUAUGUAAUGACUGACAAUGAUCCAGAUUCCUUAUAUGUGCAACAAUCUUGGCCUGGGAAGCUGAUUCUGUUUAUGAAACUGAUAACUGAGUUUUAGAAACAGAUAUGCAAUAACAGAACUCCAACACUAAACUUUGGUUAAGUGUCUUUAGCAAGUUGUGGGCAUUGAGUGAUGCAAAGUGGUGCAAGAAAGCAGACCAAGAGGGAAAGACAUACCAGCAAUGAGUGGAGCCAAAGCAGUUCACCUUUUAAUUCAUUAGUUUUAUCUCCUAUCUGCAAAAUAAAAGGCUGAUAACAGAUAAUCAGCCAAAUGCUGAAUAUCAGACUCGAUAAGUAGCCAAGGCCAAUAAACAGACAUCCUCUGCUGACAGGCAUCGCACUGCCUCACUGCGAACUUGUUAGCUUGUGUGUAUGCAUGUAUUCCCUCAGUGUUUGUGUUACUGUGCUAAUGGUAUAAAACGUGGCUUGUGUGUGUAUUUAUCUGGGAUCAGCACAGGAGAAAGGACUUGCUGGUCACUGGGAACUCAAAAUCAGACAAUUCAGCCAGUCAGUCGGUCAGUGCUCCUCUGAUUUUAAUCAAAUAUCACAUGCAUAUGGACACAGAAGUCCAGAGCCCCUUUAGCUGCCUGGGAAAGUCCUCACUGAACCUCUAGUCCAGGUAUUCCUCUGCAGCCUCACCAGCUGCUUCAGUACUGCAGAACCAGAGAGGGCAGAGCAGACCCUCUAUUUAUAGCAGCUCCAGUUUUCAGAUGAGGGUGAAUUAAUUUUUCAUAAGAAUGUAAAAAAGGAGAAUAGAGAGUUAGCAUUUCAGCAUCUGCCUCGCUAUCCCCCUUUUUCUCUCUCCCUCUUUCUCCCCCGUCAGGUUGGGAGUAAUUUACAGGAAGGCUGAGAACACUGUUCUCUGUUUGCUUCAUUUCCCUCUCAGCUGUACAGGACCUGAGGGAGCUCUGUCAGCUGGAUCACUGCUCUGCUCUUCAUUUCACCUCUCUGUCUCAUUCACCACCUCCUCUUUACUCCGUGCUCAGCUUUUUCCUGGAGUUGCUGUGUUGGGCCCUCGCUGAGCAGUUAUGUAACAUCUACAGUAUUCUGUCUGCACUCUGGGGCCCCUUUGUGAACCUAUAGCUGCUGAGUCACUCACGGCAUGAUGGUGCCUCACUAGGCCUUGGAUGUGGUUUUAAUUAUGAAGUAGGUGUCACAGUGUUUCAUGCUCUGGGAUGGGGGAUGAUGAGAGAACAUAGCUUUUAUUGAAAUCUGAGGUUAUUGACAGAAGCAUAACAGAGAAGGGUAAUGUAAUAAAAAGCUCUUGAAAAAGUAAAAACAAUGGAAAGCUAUAGUUUUGAUUUUAAUACAUGUUUACCUUGUGAAAGAAAGUCUUCAUGCAGAGCACAAUAGUCAAAAAGAAAAUAGUAUUUUAAGUAUUUAAGCUCAAUUCUGCUCAUCGUCUUCAGUGUUCCUAACCUUCAUGAUUUUAUUUUAGUUUUACUGCAAGUAUCUAAGUGUCCUUGUUAGAAUUUUAAAGUUUGCACUUCUACUUUUCCUGCCUUACACUCUACAAAAUCACAGUUUUAUGAUGCAACUGUUUUUUUAAAUGAUCUUCCCUUGAGAGCGUACAAAAUCCAAAAGAAGUGACAACAUCUUUUUCAUAAAUCAUUAGCAGAUUUUGCUUCUAGCUUUCCAAUUUUAGGCUCCUGUUUUUUUUUUUCUUUAUGAAGGAAGAGUUAGUUGUAAAACAAUGUCACUGCGGAGUGAACAUUUGAUCCCUGGCGGAGACAAAACAAACAAACACGUCUGUCACUGUGUCCUUAGAGUCAGCAGGGAGCCAGCUCCCUGAUCCCUCAGGCCCCCUGCCAGAUAGUCCUGACUGUGCUGCAGGCUUCAUCCAACAGGACUCUGGUGCUGAUGUGUGGGAUAUUUUGUCAUUGUUUGAGUCUAUGCAUUUAGACUGGUGUGCACUCAAAUGCUUAUAAUGCCGCAAACGUUUGAAACUUGAACUCCUCCUAAAGAUGUUAGAUCCAAAUAUUUGCGUAUGUGUAAAUGGCAUUCACCAAGGCUGUGCUAUUAAGAAUAAGAAGAACUUUUUUCACCCCCGAAGGGAAAUUCAAUAUUAGAGUGUCAGUUUGGCUAAAAUAUCCUGGGCAUGUGCCAGUACCUGCUAGAACUGGCCCAACAUGCCACUGAUGAAAGACCCUGUAAGCAGCUCUUUCCCUGUGUCAUCUAUAGAGGGGAAUGUAAAGCCUUUAUCACAUCUGCAGAAUGAGAGAGAGCCAUCGCCCCAGCAGGGCCUCUCACUCAUUCCUGACUGCCUGGAUAGGAGGGUUCAUACCACACACACUCUCUUGGGGGACAUCUUCAACGCUGAUUACACAGCCAAGUGCAACACUCUGGAUCUAUCACUGUAAUGCAUGGCAGCUAUUAUGGGAUAAGCUCCCCAAAGAGUUGCUAAUGGCAGGCGUCACUACAGUUUUGUUUAUUUUGAAAGCCAGAAUUCUGAAGAUUUAUAUGCCAGUUACACCAGACACAGCCUACAUCCAUCUUUAUCCCCUUUUUCUCGAUCAAGAUACUGCCCAAUCAUCCUACCAGUCAUCUGUGCUUGAUUACAGCUGGGUAGUAGAGGGUCAAAGCAUUUUGUCAGCAGAUAUCAAAUGGAGCCACAGCUCCAGCUAGUAGAGGAUGACUGCGCUACAGCGUAGACAGUGACCAGAAUUUGAUGCCUACAUAGAAAUUAAGGGGUGUCCCGUUACAACUUUUUUACUUCUGAUACAAUACCGACAUUAGCCUUCAGUAUUGGCAGAUACCAAUAUUGAUCAGAUAUUAGCACAACUUUUUUACUUCCGAUACGGUACCGAUAUUGUAGUCUUCAGUAUUGGUCGAUACCGAUAACGAUGAGAUAUUAGCACAAACUUGUGCAUGACAAGUUUUGCACUCGCUGAAAUGUCUUUUUCGGACUUAAAUGAAGAAUACUGCCACACAGCUGACAUCACUUCCACUUCUUGCCACUUUGUUAGUACUUGAGUACACACUGUUGUUGUGAUCUAGCAGGCCCUGCCUACUGGAUCCGGGCUCUGCUAGAUAGAGGUGCUGGAGCGGAGUCUGGAAUGGACUGCUUGCAUGGGAAUGCAGAUAUUUUAGAUGCAGGCCGAUUUAAUCCAAUAGUCGUUUUUUCAUAUAUCAGACUGAUAUGUGAUAUCAAUAUUGAACCGGGACACCCCUGAUAGAAAUAUUUACAUUUCUUUCAACAGUGCACCAGUUACCCUAGUAAUGAGACUUGUAAGACAGCACCCUGUGUAUAGAGGUCUGCAUCGAGAGUCUCUGGAGGAUCUCUCAGCUGCUACCCUGUGCUGCAUGUCCCCUCUCACUUUCUUUUACCACAUUUUCUGUCUCAAAAAUUCCCCCCAAAUAACUCAAACAGAAAAAAAACAAAAAGAUAAAUAGACCAUCAACACAUCUGUAACUGACUAGUCAUUCUGGUGUUAACUAGUGAAGGUAAUGAUGUGUAAUUGUAAAGUGAAGGAAUCUCAUACAUCUCUGGCCAAAAACAGAAAUACAUGUAAGAAAUGCGAUUCAGCUGGUUCUUUGUCAACUGUUCCAUCUGUUUUCUUUUGUUUUUAUUUGUUCCAAAUAGAAAACAAUAAAAGCCUGAAUCUAGAGCACUCCUUUUGAUUAUAAAUCACAUUCAUGGGUUAUUUUCUUUUAAUCUAUUUCCAGUUGUUGCUGCUCUGAGUUUUGUUUGGCCCCUUUCAACAUGAUUUGAAAUACAGCUGGGCAAAGUUAAAAUACUUUUAAAUAACUUAUAAAUAAAGUGAUUCUGAUUGGUUUGACCCCUGAAAUCUGAGAUUUGGAGUUCCUUCUCUUUCUGUGUGUCUGCACUUUUGUUCUUUAACUGGGUCAGAGAGCUGCAGGAGAAAAAACAUUGGAGGUUUUAAAUUGCACCAACAAAAUCCAAAUGUCCCUCUUAGUGCUCAUUAUUUGAACGCAUUUAUUCACAGAGGCCUUUCUUUUUCUUAAUUAAAAAAAGAAGUGGUGUUAUUACCAGCAGAGAUCAACAUCCAAAUCUAAUAAAACUGACCAAAACUCAAGGGUAGGGUCCAGCCCAAAAUCACAACACUACUACAGUAUUUCUUUGUCUCUUUCUCUUAAUCAUUUUCUCAUGUUUGUUUGUUUUGUGUUCUUGCUUACAGACAUACUCCGGCCUGUUCUGUGUGGUCAUCAACCCCUACAAGAACCUGCCCAUUUAUUCAGAGAACAUCAUAGAAAUGUACAGAGGGAAGAAGAGGCACGAGAUGCCUCCGCAUAUCUACGCUAUCUCUGAAUCUGCGUACCGCUGCAUGCUACAAGGUAAGACACACAGCUGUUGUUUUUAAUGUGUAUUUCAUAAACAGCUUCAGUGUCAUCUGUAGUCUUCGUUUUCAGCUUCAUAUCAUUAGAGUUGACUGAUUAAGAGCAAAUUACAGGUUCUUGUGUUGUCAGGUGUGGUAACGCUGGAAACUGAGUUGUGUUGUUGUGCGAGUGUUUUCAGUCUUUUCUGGCAGGAGUUUAGCUCACUUGCAGGCAGCGCGGGGUUUCGGCUGCAUAUUCCAGGAGAUUAGUGUCCGAGGAAAGCGUGCAAAGUGUGUGAAAGUUCACAAGGUCAGGGAGGAUGUGACAUCACUGAUAAUGUCUGAGAAGGGUCCAGAAGAAGACCUGGCUGAUUUUUAGCUGCUUCAAAAGUGUCGUUUAUGAACUACUUGGUAAAAAGAGGCCGUUAAAAAUCGACUUCAACGCUUUGCUGACUGUGCAUAGGAUUUUGGAUUGGACUGUUUAAGUAUGUUGGUCACAGUCAGCUUGUUUUCAAGACAAUUGUUGCUGCAGUAUUUAUGCUUAUGUAAUUUCCAGGCUUUUCCUGCAGAGAUUUCUACAAACCUUGAACUGAUUUCCCCUUUUUAAACCACAUGAUUUUCAAGUUCAGAUUUGGACACUGAAACUGAUGUCCUUGAGCUAUGACAUUCAUGUUAUGUCACAGCUCUUGAGGUUUUCAGGAAAAAUAACAACACUAAAAACUCACAAAAGCUAGAUUUUUCUGUUUCACAAAUCGUUGAGGGCUUUAGAUCCAGGUAGGGUCUGAAAUUGACACCCUUCACAUGCAGAAUGCAGGAAGAUUUUCCAUUUGAUGGGUAAUACUCAGGCAGCUAUGCACCAUGUGGUCGGUUAAUGUUUGUACCUAUGCAAAACUUCGGUUUUACUAUGUUUUUGAGUACCUACAAUUUCUUUCCCCUGUUCCUCAGCAGUCUAAAUGUCAAAGAAUCUGCAGAUUCUAUGGACUCCUGCACAACAAUUGCAAAAAAGUGGAUGGAGAAAUGUUAAUUGUUUACCUUUUCCUUGCUUUGACUCACUUGAUGAUCUCUGUCAGUGCUGCAAUGUUGUUGUUACUUGGUUGUCUUUUUGAGACUCAAAGAAAUCAUGGAUUCCUGCAUAGACAGUCAGGCAACACUAAAUUUAAGACAGUAUUGGAGCUGAAAUUAUAAGUUCUACCUUAGACCUCCAACGAAAUAUGUAUUUUUGCCUUGGAAUUAAUAGUUUAUGUUGCCUUUUUUGAUUCCCAGUUUAUUAGCGCUAACUGCUAGCAGACAUGGACUCGGCCUCUCCCUGUGUUUCACAUCAGAGUAACAUGAGCGGGUGGAGAGGAUGAGGUCUCUAAGCUCCUAAUAGUGUGGGUGGGUGCCUGCUGGAGCUGAUGUGUGUGACAAAGGGAUUAAUAGAGAUGGGGGGAAAAGAGAGGGUGGGAGAGAAGAGGCAAAAAGGGAGAGAGAGAGCGAGAGCAGGUUCAGCCGGUGUCACUCUGCAGGCAGUUAUUAACCUGACCGGCUGCACUGACGCUGCAAAGCUCUUCAAACCCUGCAAACUGUGAUCACCUGGUUCACAAAGCAGUCAAAAACUCAAAAGUUAAGCCUGUUUACAUUUUAUUUUGACAUCCUAAACUCGCCAAGCUUGAAAAUUUUGGUGAAUUAACAAAUAAGGGAAGAAUCGUGUAACUGGUUCUGAAUGAAGUAUUUAAGCAUUAAAAAUAUGUCUCAUUGUGUUAGAGUCAAAGUAAAAACUGGGAUCUUGCAAGUGAAUUCGUUUUUUUUUUUUAAAUUAUCAUAUUUUGUGCUUUUAUAGAAAAAGGUACAACAGGUGAAGGCUGUCAAUCUUAUCUAAAAUCUAACUCUAGUUUUAUUCCUUAUUUUUUGUGAUUUUUUUUAGAUUUUGAAUCAGAAAUCGGUGACAUUCAUACCAAAGGGGAAACAUGACAGUGGUAUAAAUGUCACACCUAUGAAAAAAAUACAGAAAAGCUUACAGGGAUCUGGAGGGACUGUCUGUCAGGUGUUAUACGGGGCCACAGUGACUUCAGCUUUCUGAGUCACUCAUUUCCAUCUCAUUGUAUCCUUUUAUGGCAUGAACCAUAUGUAACACACACUAAAUAUAGCUGCACUCAGAAUUCAAACGCACAGAAUCACGCACUCACGUAACCCCCAAACUUCAUCACUAUUCAGAGUAUUUGUCUGGAUAUGGGACACCUCUCUUGUGCUACCAUUCUUUCGGUCCCCCCUGUUUUCCCCGUCUCGGCUCGGCUCAUUCUUUGGUGUCCCUCACAAAGGGGGCGGGGCCAAGCAGCCUGUGGAAUGAGGUCAUCGCUGUCCCUGGCGUUCCAUACCAUGCUGUGCUAAAUUCUACACGCUGAGUCACCCUCAGGUUGUCACAGUCGUCCCAACAGCGUGUUAUACCCUCUUCAGGGGUACUGAACGGGGUCUUGUAACUAUGGAUACCAGUGUGUGUGGUGAAAACCCUCCCCUGGGAUCUCUAAUAGAGGUGUCACUUGUUGAGUGACAGUGUUUGACUCAGGAGCUGUGAGAGGCUUUUUUGUGUGUGUUUUAACUGAAUCUCUUCCGGUCUGUUUAAUAAAACUAAUGUGUCAUUCAGGCUGAGAAAAGCUGUGUCCUUUAGCCGUUUAAAUAAUUUAAGAUCCCCAACUGUUUUAUAAUUGCCUCUUUUCUCUCAUUGACAAGAGCAGCCUGCAUCCCUCAUUCCCGACCUUUCAUCUGCUUUACCAACCAGUUUCCUUUCUUUCUUUCCUUUCUCUAAACCAGAAAGUUCUGGUUUGGAUGACACCAAAGAGGAAAAAAUUCCCCACAUUCUGGUCGCCUUUCACUUAACAUGAAAAAAUACAAACCACAGCCCUGCUGGAAGCUCAGCGGUGGCUCCGUUUGCUUUGUUCCAUCCUCCUCCUGCUUUGAUCAGGAAACACAGGAGGACAAGUUUGGGGAAUGUCGUCCUUCUCAUCAUCCUCCACAUCAGGAGGGUCGCAGUGGGGCCUCCUCCCAUUUGGUCAGUGUCUGGCAGAUUUCCAGAUCCCCUGUGUCUGCUGUAUGUCUUUUCAUGUGUCCCUGUUAGUUUAGCAGCUUUCGCUAUUUUAUUCUUGUCCAGAAAUCUUGUUACUGCUAGGGUCCAACAUUUACAGUUUUUUUUUUUAAUUUUUUUUUUUACCAUCUUGGUGUACCUACAACCUCAGUAGGUACACCAACCACCAGCCACCACAGACCACUCUUUACUCCCACUCUUUACUCCCAUUCCAGGACACACACGGCAGACUGACUCUCAGGUAGCAACAGUAGAGUUACUGCAAUCGAUCUGACUCCAAAAAAAGGGAGUCUCAAAGGUAGCUAGGGUUUCAUGAAUUUUGGAUGACAAACUGAGACGGUUUCGGUGUCCUAUGCCUCGGUAGUCUAGACGUAGGCUGUGAUGGGCACACAAAAUAGAAAAGAAAGAUCUGUGGUUCAAAAAGGCAAUAAAUGUCCAAAACUUUGUGUGAAAAGUUUUGUUAAACCUUCCAGGAGGGAUGAACACCAGUAUUACAGCAUCUGGAGGAAGGAUUACAGCUCAGACCAACAGGUUACAAAGCCACUGACCCAGGCAGUUAAGUAUUUGGUGCUUUGUAAAAGUAACUAUAGACAUGACCUCUAAUGACAUUUAAGUUAGAAGUUAGAGAACAUUAGCUAUAACACCCCUUUCAAAAGUGGUUAGCAACCUCUGAACCCAUCGGUUACGUCUCUAUGUAGGUUUGUGUCCAUCUCUAACUAGAAAACCUAAUUUUUCAUGCACCUCAUUGUUUACAAUCCACUUAGAAUUCCACCCUCAGGAUAUUUUUACAUGGUGAACAUCAUUUUUUUGCAUCCCCAGGGGAAUUCCUUUUCUUUCUUUUCUGUGAGUCUUAGUUUCACUGUUAAUACUAUCCUACACAGAAGCUUAUUACUUGUAAUUUUACAGAUCUUACAGUUUGUCAAAAUACCACCAUCAUUCAGGGCCUGGAAGUCCUGGUACAUUUCAGAAUGUCACUUAGAUUGUUUUUAAAUGUCUGAUGACAUCUUACAAAACCAGAGAAGCAGAAACAAGAGACAACCAGGAGUCAGCGAAGUGGAAAAAGUCUUGGAAAAUAGAAAACCAGAGGGAGGGCCAGUCCGGGGAAGUUAAGGGGGAGCAAAUAGGGAAUGUGGGAAGCUUGAGACUUGAAGGAGAUAGUUGGGGGGAAAGGUUUGAGCUGGGAUGAAAGAGGGUUGAGACCCCUUCAGACACAACCAACUGGACUGGAGACUGAAGGUUUAGGAAUAAAGAGGAGAGAGAGAAGACGGCAAAGAUGACUGAAAAGAGGAGAAUGGGGGAGUCAGUCAGCAGCAAGAGGGGGCAGACAGGACAGAGUUAUGGGGGAAACGGAGCAGAGGGUACAGGGGAAAGGCAGAGGGGGUGGCCACUAUUGUGCCUCACAAUGGGGGCUUUGUGCAGUGUGAAGGGGGCUGGGACCAGGGUGCUGUGUUUGUGUGUGAGUGUGUCUAAGUGUGUGGGUGCAGACAGGGAGGCUGAAGCUAAAGAGCUCUUCCAGGGGGAAACAAGGCCUCUAGUUGGGGCAGUGAGGGCUGGAGAGGAGGGCGCACCCAGGGCCUGAGUGACAAGACAGGUGUGGAGGGUUAGCGGGAGAAGAGACCUGUGUGUGUGUGUGUGUGUGUGUGUGUGUGUGUGUGUGUGUGUGUGUAAGAGAGAACACUCAGGCAAACAUGAUGUUUUAACAGACUUCUGUUGUCUGAAAAUCAUCUCUCAAUACCUGCAGAGUACAGACAGCCCUUUGAGGACCUUCACACACACACACACACACACACACACACACACACACACACACACACACACACACACACACACAGACGAGGAAGGAUGUAUCUUGAAUGGCAGACAGCUGUGGGGUUCAUACAGGAUACAAUCAUAUUUCUGUUUUGGGGUUGUACAUCAUCAGUGAUUUAGGGUUACGUUCCUCCCUUCAUGAACUCAUGCAGAUGCUUUUCCUGCCGACAUAACCUGCACUGAGGAAUGAUCUGGAAAGCUGCGGUGUGUGUCAGUUGUCAUAUGUUUUGCACAUGUAUUUGAUGGAAAAAAAAUGAAUCUCAGCUAUUUUAAAAACAUAUUUUAGACAUUACAUGCUGAUGGAUUUCAGGCGCUUUGCUUAUCAAAGUGUAUGAAUGAAGAGAACCUGAGACUGAAAACUGAAACAGUUUCACUUUUGCAUAUUUUAUUCAGAUCAAAAAAUUCUUUCUAACCCGUCGCUAUUGAAAGCUAGCAUGCUGAAACAUAAAAAGUUGUCAUAUUGGUGUCCCAGUGACCUGCUUCACCUUUUUGUGAUAUUGGAGCUGCGUAAUAAAGACAGGCCAUCAGAGCUGUUUUUAAACUAACUAUUUUUCUAAUAUGAUUACUAAGAAUGACAGGGCUCACCCUCAGUCACCCUCAAUAAAAAAGGGGGUUUGUUUGAUAAUAGAAGAAACCUGUCAGCAAUUUAAGAAAUGAAACAACAUCUGGACCUGUGUGUGCAGAUAUAAAGCACAACAUAAGAUUAAAACUUGUUCCUUGUUUUUUCUUUCAAUAACAGUUUUAUCAACUCUGAUUUCUAGUUUUUGGCUGGUUACAGGGAUUGAUCCCAGGUCUUGUGUCUUUACCGUCUCUUCAGCGUUUACAUAACUUGUAGACCAGACGGACAUGUCAAGGAAAUAUUCUUGGAAAAUGUCAGAACCUUUGACUUCGAGCUACAUUUGAUCAGUGCAGCUGAAGUUGUAGCUGUUUGUCUGUGAGUGUCAGACGUGGUCAUGAAACCGAGAGGCUGAGACCACAGGGGGAUGAUUUAAGGUAUGUGUCAUGUAAUGCCCUCGUUCUUAGAAAGUGCUGUCAUGGGAGACAGAUCACAUCGAUACCACAAGCCUUGGCAGGAUGGAUCAAGUUACCUGACUGAUGCUGUUGCUGGCCUCUCACUGACUCUUACAACCUCUGUGUCACUCUGUUUAAUGAGACACUGACGACGUGAGUUUGAUUAUCUGUAAACUGCACACAAUCACAGCUUUUAUCUGAAACUGAACAUUUUUUAAGGUCAUUAUGAGCAUUCCACCAAUUUAGUUUCACUUUCAGUAUCAUGCAAACUCUUAAAACUGCUGAUCAUUUUUUCAAGUAUUUGCUGCAGAGUAUUUUCUUCCAUUCUUUCAUUGUAGUUUGUCUGCCUAACAUAAACACAGCCUCCCCUCUGUGACUUUACCCUGCUCCCUCCUGUGUAAUGGCUUCUUGUGGGGCUGCACAGUUCAGCCACGCUGAUAUUAGAGGUGCUUGCAUAAACAGACAUGAAAACAGCCUUGUCCUGUUGGAUUAUGGCAGCCCUCACCAUCACAAAGCACCUCUGUGGACCAAACAAGCCACCCGACGGCUGCCAUCUGCAAUCGAUUACAUUGCCAAAAACUCUCACUGUUUUCUCUCCCCUUUCAUUGGCCUGGAGGCAACACCCAACUGCAUAAUGCUAAUUUUACACCCUCAGUAAGCGUGCUGUUGUGCUGCACUUUUGCACUCUGCUAGCUUAAACAAAACAUUGCAAGUGUGACCUCAAAGGUGCACCAAAUACUUCCACUAUUCUUUUGCACAUACUUUGGGGUACAAUCCAUGAAAGUUGUGUGCUAAAUCAACCGUUGACCCUUUAAUGAUAAUGUGUCCUUUGUGUCAAUGGGACCCUCAGCAGGUAAUCCUUGUUGACAGGGACAGACGUGGAGAAAGAGUAGAUGUGAUGAGGUGUGACAGUAGCAGGCCAUCUGGGAGUUGUCACACUUCAGAGGAGUUUUUUUUCCAUACAGCUGGGAUAAAAAGUAGAACAACAGAGUGCUGCCCUGCUACUUUUGUCUAUAUUAUGUUAUUCAUUGUGUUUUAGAAAAUGCCUUAUUGAGUCAAAAGGAAGAAAAAAAAACGUGUUUAAACAUGCACACUAGGUUCAAUGGCAUAAUAGUUCUAGAUUAUAGGAUAGCACACCUUUUGCUGCUGAAUGCAAACCUGGUUUAAAAACAAGAAGAGCUUCAGCUCGUUUGUUAACCUUCAGUUUCUCAUCUGUACUCUCAGAGAUCUGUGAUUUUAAGCUUUUGCUUCAAUGUCGAAGAUCCCUGCUUUUAAAGAUGCUAAAUAAAGAGAUAAAACAUAAUGAAAUAAAUACAUAUAUGAAUAAAUAUCAUCAAAUUACUAACUAAAACAAUGAAUGAUGAAGGUAAAAUGGAAAUGCGAAAACUGCAGUUUCUCAAGUGUCCACUUGAGGCUGUCUCAAAAGUCAAGUCAAGGUUUUCAUUGGAUGCCUGUGUAAAAUGUGCAGAUCAAACAUGAUUACAGCCUGGUAAAAAACAAUGUUCAUGAUCUGAAACACUUAUUUCUGUAAGGAGACUGAAUUGACUGAAGGAGCAGAAAUUGUAGCUUUUUACCAGGUAUAGCACCGGUUCCGCCAGAUUUGUGUUUGGUCCGCCUUCAGUCCAAUCUGGUUCAGCUCCAUGCUUCCUCAUUAAUCAAUACCCAUCAACAGCUGAAGUCAUGAGACCAAGGAUUUCCUAUGAUAAAUGCAGAAUCAGUGGUUUUCUACCUGCAUGAUUACCUCUAAAAAACUCUGACCUGUUGACCCUAUGCCUGACCCCCCAAUCUGACAUUUUAUUUUGAAAAAGUAACCAGAUGUUUUACUGUUGUUUUGGUGUCUGACCUCAUUUUUCCGUAAUCUGCUCUGUGUUAAUUAUGCGUUGUGCUCCACCAUCUGGCAAAAUAGAAGUCAUGUGUAUCUGCUGCAGGUGGCUCCUGACUGCCAGAGCUGAGAUCUAGCAUAAACGCAACACACCUAGUGGAAGUAAACACAGUGAUUAAGAUGAAAACCUAUCUGGUCAACUUAUCAUCUACGUGCUUGAGUCAUGUCUUAUGUUAAAAAUUUUUAUCUUGCUCACUUUUUAAAACAACAUAUAUCAUUCAUUGAGAUUUUUUUGUGUGGCCAAGGUAAAAACAAAGCCGUCUCUUAGUCUGUUUGUAAAAAUCAACAAUCUUGAUGCUGAUAGUCUUGUUUGCUUUUUCAUACCAUAAAAAAACAUAAAAUAAGUUUUAGUCUAUUUCUAAAAAUCCUCACAGGAGCUAUAAUUUAGCAAAACUUGUAAGCUUGAUACUCCUAUAUUUUGUGACCUGUGUGUUGAUCAUUUUUAUGAACUUAGAUGUAAUAUUUUUUCCAUUAACAGAACAAAAAUAUGAUCAUGGUUCUGGGAAUUUUGUUACAUUUUAAAGCAGGCUGUGGUGUUUUUGGUUUUGGGAAUACAGGAUUACAUUAAAACAGCAUUUUGGUGCAUAUAAAGCAGUGGUUGAUGACUGUAAUCAGAGAUAGUUUAACCAGGCUGAUGAGUAAUCGUUUGAAUUGUGUCUGAGUUGAUCAGAGGCAGACGAUAGGCCUGACGUCCCUGCUCCGUUCCCUGUAUUGGGAAAGUUUGUGCGUCCUUUUUUUAAGCUGCUGCUUCUUUUCCUUGGCAUGAAUUCUGAGCUCAGUGAACCAAGUGAUAGAUGACGUCUCACUGCUGCUAUGACUUCCUUCUCUCUCCAUGUGUUUUUAUACGUGGUCUGUUCAACGUCUCCUGUCUUUAUCAACGACUGUGUGAGCCACAGGUGGAACAACUACCUCACUCUCAGUGGAUGAUACAGUCCCACUCACCGACUCCUGAUGGGAAAGUGAUCCGUGCAUAUCCAUUCCACUCUCUGAGUUCACAUGUUGUCUAUCACAUAUCUUCAGGGCAGCAGACAUGAGCUACAGUUAAUGCCGGGUAAAAACCGUAUUAGAUUUCAAAGAGUCUCCUAAUUAUCCCAAGAAUGUUUACCACUCCAGCGCGGCACCUCUCCAUGAGAAACACAUGCUCCUCUGUGCCUCCUUCUCACACACUUACACACACUCUUAGCAAUCGCUCCAUUUAUCUGGAUACCCCUCUUUCUCCCUCUCAGACUUUUCUCAUUUCACCCCUGUGUCAGAAGCAUCUGAAAAAUGUGCUUUGUGGGACUUUAAGAGGGAAAGGCUCCAGAAGCCUGUCUGAAAGCUCUCUGUCGAGUUCAGCUCAGACAGAGGAACACGGGGCAUACAAGCCAAACACACACACACACAUACACAUACUUACACACAGGAGGCUCAUAAAACUCCAUAUGUGUGUGACACUCUUCUUAAAUAAACUGUCUAAACUGCUAGAUUCCGCUUCUCUUUCCAAACGGAUCCAUUAUAGAUCAUAUAGUUGGACAUGAAGCAGAGGAAUUCACGCUCUAAUAUUUGACCUGAUUGCGUUAUUAUAUUAAGAGCUUCUGGGAAAUGUACAUCUGUCCGUAAUAUCCCUCAAAUCUUGGCUCCACUUCUUUACUGUCUGUGUGUAAUAAAGGAGAAGUUCACUGUUUUGGAAAGCAAAACAUCCCCUUUGGCAGAUUGCUGGAUAAAUUUGGAUACCAUACUCUCAUGUUAUGUAUAACACACAUGCAUGUUGGCCCAUGAGUGGGUCUGUUGUACAUGCAAAGGUUGGCCUGGCAAAAUCAGAUCAUAUUAGCUUAGUUUAAGAUCAUUAGCAACACUCACGGACAAGAAACUAAAGUGUGAUGUGCACUAGUGGUUGACAGACAUCAGUUUUUCAAGGGCCAAUACUGACAUUGAUAAUGGGACAGCAGGUUAGUAAGCUGAUAUCACUUUUUUUUUUCUUUUCUUUUUUUUUGACAAAAAAUUAAGCAAGUAAAUGUUUUAUCUAUCAAACAAAAUAUUUUGCCCCAUAAAAUAUCGAUUAAAGGAACUUGUGAAUUUCUGUCAAGCCAUCUAAAAUUAGUUAGAAUCAAGAAGAACACAAGGUAAACAUUAUUGUUAUCAUUUUGAAAAGCAUAAUUUUACACAUCAUAACAGAAUUUAUUUGAACACCAGCCAGUGGCUAACUGGGAUUUUAGAUGAAAUGCUUGGGAAAGGGAAACGUGUGAUUUUCAUUUGAAAAGAUAUUAGUGAUAUUGGCCCUGUUAAGACCAAUACCCUCACAGGGCCAAUACGACACGGAUUAUGUCAAGACUACAAUAACCAAUUGGUCCAUCUUCAAUGUGUGCAUUUGUUUUUUGACUGAAUCAUGAAAUCCAAUGUCCAGGGGGUUGAGGAUUUGUCUACGAGGUGUGCAUUUAUUAAAUAAAAUCACAAUUGUUACUUUUUCCAUUUAAACAGCUUGGACAUUAGUUGCUUUAAAAUCUCCCCCGUGGUUAGCUAAGGGUUGCACAGACACAAUUAUUCGUUUAAAUCUUUGGUCCAGCAGCAAAUAGGAAGAUCAACAAGUCACAGCAAUGUGGUUUCAAACAUUUUACUGAUUUUUUAAAAUGUUUUCUGCUGAGGGCGAUCUUUUUAAUAUUCAGCAUAUCUUGUCUUGUCAUAGUUUGUCUUGUGUUGUUGAUUGUGUGUAAAAGGAGGUCAACUCCCUCAAUGUAACAAAAUCUUCCCAUGGGCACAAAACAGUUGUAUCCAUGUUGAAAUCAGCUCAUGUGAAAGUCUACAGUCUGAGGGUCUUCAUGCAGCCUUUAUAAUAAAGAUUCAUCUUCUUGGGUCUCAAGAGAGAAAGCUGAAGGUGAAAAUGAUUGAGGCAGCUCAUCUCUGGUUGUUUGUGUGUCUUAGCAUGCUUGUCUUUAAUCUCCUCGUAUCCCCACGCACCCUCUCAGGUGGUCCCUCGUACUCUGCUGUCAUUUCCGAGAGGCUGGGGACUUUCUCCAACCCGUGAUGAAAAUCUAUUUCUGUCUGUGAUCUCAGCUGCCGGCAGCCGUCACAAUCCUCACACUGAAUCAGAAGCUCUGAAACACACUUUCGGAUUUCAUUUGCAAGUCAGUCAGUGAGCGACAUCAUGGUAUUUAUAGCUGCAGUAUCUGCUUUGAGUCUCUUUGUCUGACUCAUUUGUCCCCCUGUGAUCAUCCUCUUUGCUAUCUCCGUUUACCUCUGUUCAUUCUUCUAUCUGCGACCUUCCCACCACACCCUUCACUCCAGCCAAAUCCCCAAACGGAGCCACUCUCACUCCCUCUCUUGUGCCAGAUGCUCAGGGGGACAUCCUGUUACUGCCAGUGGGAUUUAGUGCUGCCUCCACCCAUUUGUUCAUAUUCAGAAAGUGAAUAUGAUGCAUCUUAUUCACACAGUCCACAGCAGUGAUUCCCACAGUGUGACUUUCCCUUAAACAUCAAUUACAAACUAAAAAAAGGCACAUUUUAGUUUCUUACCAGAAAUUUUUCACUUUAUUCACCUCUAAACAAGUUGUUGAAAUGUUUAUGGAUGGAUUAUUUUUCUUAAACAAGAUAAAAUAGAUCCUGUUAUCAUGAUUGAUAGCGAUCCAAUUUGGUUCGGUGACUCUAUAGGCCAAGAAAAACACAGGAAUAAGUUAUAUGAAAGAGAUGCUGUUUAGUGAGCGGGUGCUUAUGUGAAUUACAAUCCGAGCAGGGUGAGCAAAGCUUUGACCCUCUUACUUUAUCUCUUUGUAACAGGUUAUUGUCUUAUCAUAAGUGUAUAUUAAAUGUUGUCAGCAUAGAAAAUAGAUUUUUGGCAUUUUAAAUAAAAAUCUUAUCAAUCAACAUUUAUCUACUAAACAGCGUUGAUAGGAGCUGUGUGAUUCAGGGUUUCAUUGAGCCUCAGAAUUUUUAAGAAUCAAAGUAGGCCACAACAAUCUGAAGUUUGAAAAUGUCUGGUCUUCAGCAGUCUAUGGCGUUUUGAAGACUCCUCUAUUUGUAGGUCAAACUGUUAGCCAAGCUAAAAACUAUAAAAACUACCAUUUGGACCCCCCAGCACUGCCCCUCAUUUCCCCUUAUAGUGUCACUUUAGCUGCACCAUCAGCCUGCUGAAAACAACGCCUGCUCCACACCCCAGAGGCCCCAGAGCUGUCAGGGAGGGAGAGCAGGGGCAUCCGAAUUCCAGCACACAAACACACACAGACACACACAAAAACUGGAACACACAAAUGGCCAGUCAGCUAUGGCUAUCAGCCUCUGAAUGCCUGCGAAUGCCAAACUGACAGCUGGUUCAACGGCAUUACAGUUAAGCUGUUGAGUCACUCAGCGGAUGCAAAUGUUCAUAUGUGUAGGAAAGUUUUCCAUAGUCAUUAAAGAGUUUGAUCAUUUGAGUUUGGGCCAUCUGCAAGAAACAAAUUGGGGAUCAGGCAUUUUUAUUUUUAUUUAUUUAUUUAUUUUAUAUCUCAGCCACUGUUGAACUUGAAAAUAAAAUACACAAAAAUGGUCCAAUGAUUUUUGCAUGGACAAUCAGGUAGGAAAACAAGAAGUGAUGUAGUAGAUGAGGAUGGGAACCAAAACAGGUUCCAACUAGUUCAAGCUGCCUAAAUCAUUUGCUUUAAUAUCUGACAGUUCCUUCAUCAGUUUCAUAUACAAACAAAGUGCUUUCAGACAAUUAAAUAUUGUUAUGCUUACGUUACCAGCUGGUCCAUCUUACAGACCAACUAUGAAAUCUACUUCUUCUGUGAGACGGGUAUCUUUCAGGGGAAUUAUCCAGUAAACUGUCUGCAGUAAUGAUUUUUGCAUUAAUUUUGGCAAAAUAGAGAGAUUUUUCUGAGUUGACUUUGUUAAGCUGCCAACUUUAAUUUUGUCUGUCAAACAGUCAGUCUCAAUCUACAAUCAGCUGACCUGUGAUGGCCCAAUCAGAAGUCAGGCUUCUUGAGCUUGGUUGUAGCAGCAAUCAUUAUCACAAUUAUUUUGAUCAAUACUUCUAUCACUGUUGUUCAGAGUAAUUACAUAUGAUUUGACAUCUGCACCACAGGCAGCUUAAAACCUUUUAAAAACUUACAAUCUUCCUCUUUGAAAAGAAAAAGUCUUAAUGUUUCUCUUUUGUGUCUCUUAAAGAUACAGAGUCCUGUUGAAGUGAUAAAUACAACCUCCUUUCCUUUAUUUAUCAUUGUGGAUCAUUUAUAGAUGCUCUUAGUAUAACCUUAACAUCUACUGAAGGUUUUAUGGCCUCUUAAUCUGUUUAUCUUAACCGAAACUCUGUUGGAGGAUGUAGCCUAUUACUUGUUUUCCUCUACUUAGCCGUGUUUAAUUUACUUCAUUUGGUAAUCCUUUACAAGCUUCAAAGUGACAGUGAAACUCUGCAGGUGCCCAUAGACCACAACACUUCCCAGAUCACCCCGACUGUUUGCUACUUCCACCGUCUGGGAAUGUGAAUGAGCUCUGUAUCUCUCUCUUUAACACACACACACACACACAAACACUAACACACUUGAGGUCUUGUUCUGUAGGUUUAUAAGCAGCUCUGACUCCUGUCUCUGCUCAAGGCUUUGUGAGUUAGCAGGUUGCUGUUUUUAUGUGCAGAUUCUGCCCAGAAGGUAAAUCUGGACCACAAAUUAUCUUUACGGUAAGUCUGCUGUCAAAGUCCUGAAUUUCAAUUAGCAAUAUAUGAAUUCAGUUUGUUGUGCAGUAAAAUAUGCACUACUUUGGUUUUACUUUAAAUAGCCUCCCAGCAAAUAGUUACAUCCCACCAUCCUUCAAGUCAACCCAGGCGCACCCUUAUCUAAGUAAAUACAUACCUUAUUCUUAGAGUUCGUCCACGUGUAGUUAUUUAGUUGGACAGUGUCCCUUAUACUGCAAAUGAAUAACUUUUGAGCAUGAUGUCUUUGUCAAGCCACCAGCCAUGAGAGUUAUAAUGAAGAACACUGAGAUUUCCUUGCAAACAUUUAAUUUAGAUCUAACAAUACCAAGAAGAAUAAAAGAAACUGGUGCAUUUUGGAUUAAUGUCAACGACAAAUGCCAUGCUCAGUUAAGUUAGAAUCUCAAUUCUUUAUUUUUUUGCCAACCACAUAAAAACUACGAAGUGACAUUUCACCUUGGACCAUAUACUGCAGAUCAGAUAAGUAACAAAAGAAAUCUGACAGUGGGUGUCAGUGGUAAUUCCUUGACUUUUGCAGCCAGUCCCGAGUGGACACUUGAGGAUCUGCAGUGUUUUGCACUUGCCCAUCUGCGACAGUGCAAAACUGGUGUUUGCAGUUUUGUUGUUCUUGUACCCAGCAAAGCAAAAAAAGUGCUAUUAACACCUACAAAACUUCUGGAGGGUAAACCUUCAGUCAUGACAGCCUUGUGGAGAAAGCGUUACCUUGUAAUGGCCGAAGUAUGUGUAUGUGUUGUGUCUGUAAAACAGUGCCAAGCAAAGUGGCAGCAAAGUACAGUGCAGAACAACUUCUAACUUUAGAUUGGACACCCACUCCAUCAUUUGACUUGGAGUCAGGGUUUAUUUAUUUUUUUAUUUGAGCCUUUCUGCAAUCACUGGUAGCCUAGCAUCCUUUCAGGUUCUCCACUUGGCUGACCUGGAUCCCCUGUAGUUAAUGCAUUUGUUAUUGAGAUAACCACAAUUAAAAAUACCAAACUAUUCCUUUAAAAUGGAUGAAAAACUCUCAGGGCUCUAUUUUCGUUCGCGCCGGUGAGGCGGCGGAGGGCGGCGAGCCCCGCGCAGUUGUAUUUUCGUCUGGCGGAGCCCGGCGUAAGGCGAGUUUGGUAUUUUCGUGGACUGAGUCGCACGGAGGCGAGCCGAGAUCCGCCAAGCUGGGCGUGGUGGCGUGGCAGGGGGAGGUGUUGACAGAAUCAGCUGGCGCAGUGACAUUUUCGUGCUCGCCACCAGCGUGUAACGUGCGCUGAAAGCUCGCCGAUUCAAACCUGGUCAGCUUUCAGCGCAAGGCGGAACGCAGCUGGUCUUGUAGUAUUUUGGUAGACCGGCGGCGUAUCGACAUACGUCACUGAUGCCUCACCGGCAGGUUUCCACAGUGUCAGGCAGAUUUCAGUGCAAUAAAUAAUCAUCAUCAACUAUUAAUCUGAGACAGCACAUACAUUUAGAUCUAUAUAGAUAUAUUCUGAUCUAUAUCUGAUCUGAUGAGCGCGUUUGGCACGCGUUUGGGCACACAACCUGACCGAAUCAAUACAGCUGAAACUGCAUCAAAUUAAAUUAAAUAUCUAGUAAAUAAACACACAUGAUGAAGUUAACAAGAUAUGUAAUUCGUCUCCCUCCUUUUCUUUCUUCCUCUUAUUUCUCGCACAGCUCGACCUGGACACGUCUCCGUGUCCUCUGUCCGUCUUCCUGCUACUGCUGCGGCUGAACAGAUGAUUUGUUGCAGUGCUCAGAUGCGUUAUCUACUUUAAGCCGACAUACGGAUAUUAUAAUAUUCAGUUUUGUGGGCCAAAUUUAUUUUAUAUGCCAACAUCUAUGAAAGAAAGAGCCAGGCCACGGAGCGCGAUGCGUCAUUUACGCACAGAUGGUUCGGAUUUUAAUGCCAUUUUUGGAGUUUAUGUUGUGAUCUGUGCGCUCAACCCACCUUUGUCACGUGAGGUUUGAAUAUAUGCAACUUUAUGUGAGUGUCUUUAUUUGUGGAAAAGGGUGUUUGUCUUACCAGUGGGUCCAACAUUACGCACACCAAAUCCAUCUGUGCUCAGAUGAGAGAGUGUGGAGGACACUUGUUGAGGAGCUGCCCUCUGUCGCCAUCGUGUGGCAUAACUGUCUUCAGACAUCUCUUGAUCUCUUUGACUACUUCAUGAAAAUAGUAAUACGCCUCGCCGGUGGCGGAUUUAAAGGCAAGGAGAGGAGCUUAUUUGAUUGGUGAAAACAGGUCUCGGCUGUGUUAAACCGACUCCACGCCCUCUCUCCUCCCCGUCUUUGACUUAUGCUGCCGGGAGGAGCUGAGUUAGGGAGGGGGGAUACUUACGCCGGGCUGCGCGGCUCACCAAAAUACCAAAAUGUGCUUGGGAACGCCUUGUCAGCGCGGCGGAUCUGAUUGACGCUGCGCUUGCGGCACGUCUCCGGCAAGGCACCAAAAUAGAGCCCUCAGUCUCUAAAUCUCAAAAGUCGCUAAUUUGUGUGUAACUUUGGAAAAACCUCACAACACAACACCUAACAGUAGUUUAUGAGAAAACAGUUCACUGGCUCUUACUCAGGAUUUCCUCAGCGUUUGAAGUAGUUGCUAUGGUGUGAAAAUCUUUACUGCGUACGUCUGCAUUUUAUGACUCUCUUUCAUGAAGCAAAUUGUGAGAGUUUGAACAGCAGUGUGGAAAAAUGAGUUACAUCCAGCUGCAAAGACCCCAUAAGGUUGUUAAUCAUGAUUUCAAGCCAGCUUCAAUCUUCAUACAUCAUCUCAGGUCUGUUUCUAAUCAAACGUGUGCAAUUUUUUCUACAUUUUCCGAAAACCUUGAGACAUGAAGGCUGAAACAAAGGAUACAUGUGAAUAAAACUAUAGAUGGUUGCAACAAUUAGGAGUGAGGUCCUGAUCUGGGAUUAGAUUGUUCUGCUGCCAUGUUGCUGAAGACCACUGGGAAAAUAUCUGUUAUUCGUCUGUCUGUACCAAGGUUUUGGUGUGAGUAAUAGAUGUGGGGGAAGAUUUUGUUGGUUGUGGUUUGGACUCUAUAAAUCUUUUCAGUUUGGAGUUAAAAUGAGCCUCAGUUUGGUCUCACAGUCAGACUCCAGCUCAUUAACAGCUGUAAAAAAGACUUACGCUUGCUGUGUGGUGAAAUUCAGCAAAUCUUUUUGCCAUAUUUACAUGGUGGCCAUUUUCUUCAGAUACCACAGUCAUGCUGGGGGUUUCAAACCCUGUUAUGAUCUAGUACUGCACAGUUUCAUCUUGGCUUUGUUAUUUUGUUACUGUCAUACCAUUUUCCAAAUCAUUAAAAACAUAAGAGAUGGUAAAAAUCGAUUUGUUGGGUAACUCUUGUAAAUACCAACAGCUCGUGAAGCAUCCAAGAUUAACAAAUCACAUUUUAUAUUCAGGUGAUAAUACUCGUGGUCAUAAAAUUCCACAAUAACAAAAAUUGUAUUCAUAAUAUUUAAAAAGACGUUGGAAAAACCUUGAAAACAACUACACAAUCAGUCAUAUGAAGGACUGACAACUGACUUAAUUUCAUGACGCUAUUAGUUGAUAUUGUGACAGAAAAUUCUUUUAAAAAGUCACUGCCUUAUACAUAAAGAGUGAUGCUUUUAUUUUGACAUGUUCACUGCCUUGCAUUUGGGUUGCUUUAUUCCCUAUAAUUAAAUUGUGCUUUUAUUUUGAAAUUUUAAAAGCUAUGCUUUUUCUGAUAGAUAGAAAUUAGAAAAUGUUUAAUUUGUAGGCACCCCAAGCCUUUAAGCUGUUUUUGAAUUCACAGUAAAUCAUGGAACAUCAGUUUACAAGUCUCAUUCAUUCCUAGAGUGAAUACUGUACUCAUUUUCUGCCAAGACUGUUCUGCUAAGUGCUUCUAAACACCACAUGCUGCACCGUCGAUCAGGAUUUCACUUCAAAACUAAUCCUAGUUUAAAAUUACCAACAAACUAGUUGCUAUAAACUCAUUAAUGUGAGCUUCAUAGCUUAAAGGUGAUUAAAAAUGCCGUCUGAACAUGAAAUUCAACCUAAUGUCUCUCUGAACCUACUGUGUACUCUCUGUUGUUUUUCAGUUGCUGACUGGUCAGGACUCUGUGGCAUGCUAAUUGUUUAGCAUUUUCUCUACAGUGCUGUGAUUUGCAGACGUGAAACACAGUUGUGCAUGCAUGGGUGCUGAGGCAGUAUGAGGUUAAGUAAGGUCAAUAAUAGGGAGUUAUGACAAUGAUUGGGGCUUAAGCAGAGGCAGGGAGAGAGGGGGAACACUCAGGAAUGUGAAGAAUGAGGGUUUGUUUAAUCCUCCAGGGGGAUAAAUUAUUAGUAGCAAAGGGAACCCUACUGUGAAAGACUCUGCCCCUACCAUGAGAGUAAGACCAGUGCACGAGAUUAUCAGUAUUUUGAAUCCAUGCGACUGAGUUUGUGCAGCCGUUAAAGUGAUACGAGCGAUGAGGGAAACCAGCUCUGGAGCUAAGUGUUGAUAUUGACCUUAAAAUGUCUGUGAAAUCAGUCAGAAAUAUUGUUUUUGGAUCUGCAGUGAACAUGGAGGAGAGAUGAUGUUCACCCUCCAGUGAACUCUGUCAUUUUCUUCUAAUUUGUACCCUAACAGACACUGGCCUUACCUUAAACUCACUGUAUGAAUGGGCCAACUCAUUUCCACCAUAUAUUAACGUUAACCUAUAUGAUUAGCUGUGAGUUGUCAUGGUGGAAACGGCUCAAAGUCCUGAUGAGGUGUUUAAAUGAAAAACAUGUGUUGGAGUGGAAAAGUUCCCCUCAGUGGUCGGGUAAUCUGGCUUUACACUAUUCAUGAGGGGAAAUGAGAGCAGCAGAGAGAGAGCGGGGAAACACAAAGCGGGUAAAGAUUUACGGAGGCACUAAUGAGCCCCUGUGCAGUUUGAUUGGUCCAACCUACGCCCGGGCCACCAUGGCAUCCUGGGUAAAUAUGACCUAACAGUUAGUUGCUGUGGUGAUGUAGGAAGCAGCAGCUGCCAAGAGGACCAGAUGGAGGCACACACCCACCCACUCAAACAGCACAGGUCAUAUUAGACAGUGAUUUUUACAUAUCUGUCAUAAAAUGUCACACGGCAUCAAAGAAUUCCAUUGGAGACUAAAGGUUAGGAUUGGUGAAAAGUUUCAUACCAGACUGGAGUAAAUUUUGAUGACGCCAUACUCUCUACAAAAGCAAAUAAGACCAUCAGGGAGAGUAUUGACUGUUGCUUUUUAGUUUAAUGCUUAUAAUCACCCCCAUCGGUUCACUGUUGGACAAAGAGAUUUAGAGCAUGCUGCCAAAACAGACAUUGUUUACAUUUUCCCCAGCAAAGAUUCACUGUGAGUAGCACAUGAGCCAAUCAAAACGAGGAGGGAUGUGGUUUUGAGAUUAGUUAUACCAGGGUGAUAGGUACGAUUUUCAUACUAACAUUAGAUAUCAAUCAAUCAAUCAAUCAAAUUUUAUUUAUAUAGCACCAAUUCACAACAGUCGUUAUCCCAAGACGCUUUCCAAAGAAAAAGAGCAGGUCUAGACCACACUCAUUGUUUGAUGAAUUAUCAAGACCCAAUCUAAGAUGGGAUUUGGCCCAUCUCAUCUAACAUAAGUGACAGUGGCGAGGAAAAACUUCCUUUUAACAGGCAGAAACCUUGAGCAGGACCAGACUCAUGCUAGACAGCCACCAGGCCGCUGCCGGGUUGGGGAGGAAGGAAUACUGAGAGAUAUGGGGAAAGAGAGAGAGAGAGGAGUAGGAGAGAGGGCAGGGGGAGAGAAAGAGAACAAGAUAGAGGGAAGAAGAGAGAGAAUAGGUAAGGAGAGGGAGGGAGAGAGAGAGAGAGAGACAGGGGACAGCAGCAACAUUAAAACAACAACAGCUCAUGCAAUAAUGAAACAAUAUGAAUUCAGUUUACAGGAUUAGGAUAUAAGUAAUUAUGGACUAUGUUUAAUUAAUUUAAUGUGAUUACAGUCAGCAGGCCUAAUAGUAGUUAACUCUAGCUUUAUGUUAGUACCAUAUUUUUCGCACUAUAAGGUGCACUUAAAAUCCUUUUGGCUUGUCGGAGCACUGCAGCUUCUGUUGCCUCGCAGAGUUAUUGAAUGAGUUAAAUAAAGUUUGACGUAUCUGAAUGUUUUGUUUGGCUUAAUGCGCUUUAUAAUUUGGUGCGCCUUAUGUGUGAAAAUGGACGCGAAUAGACGUGUUCGUUGAUGGUGCGCCUUAUAAUCAGGUGAAUCAAGAAAAUCAAAAACUGAGGUUGUUCAAAAAAUGAGCAAAUGGUAAAACUAGAGUUCAUAGUAGGGAUUCUUACUGCUGGUUGCCACACGUAAUAAAAUGAAAGUGUGAUGAAGCAGCUGCGUCAGUAACUAUUUUUCUGAUCUUUAAAGAAGAAUACAGUCUCUAGAGCAGUCAGUAGAUUGGAGGGAUGAUUGUCUAUCAGAGAAGAGCUGUGGGCUUUAGAUGUGGAGGUGAUGGAUGUCCACAGAGGAAUUAAAGGUCAAAUGAAAAGCAGAAAGAGGCUGCCUCAGGUGAGCUGGGUAAAUAGAUGUCUGAUAAGCAGAAAAUGAAGAGUGUCACUCCAGUUGAUGUCCAAAUGGUCCAUUUGCGAGUGUGUAUGUUUGUGGAGGCCACCUACUCUCUUUUAGGAUUGAAGAUAAGCUGCUGGUCCAUAUGGUGCACUUAACUGGUAUCUUUUUUUGUGCUAAAUUAGAAACAAACGACUGCAUGUGUUGUUUAUGCAGGCACCUGAGAAACAUUUGAGGUAACUGUUGAGGAAUUUUGGAUGACUGUAGCUGUGGCGCCCAUGGGGACUCUUUAAACAACAAUUACAUCUCAAUUACAAGACUUGUUUCCCAUUUGUUGCAGAUUGCGGUGCAGUGCUAAUUUAGAAGCAUGAGCUCACACAUACAGUCUGUCUCUGUGUUUAAUCAUGUAAAACUGAACUGAUGUUGCUCAGGGGAUGUCUGGUGAAUUUGUUUUAUCUGCAUAUUAGGUCACGCAGUUUUGCGUGCCUUAAGAGGUACAAGAGUCCACAUCAGUGGCAUCUGAUUGGCUUCAGGUUUAUGUAAAUGCAGCUGUGCAACACAGACGAGAAAAAUAAUCAAACUCUGACCCGUGUUUCCAGGCCUGAUUCAACAUCAGGGGAGCUGGAGCCAGUUAGAGUGAACAGCUCAUUCAUCAUUCCUGAUGUUGAAGAAACUGAUUAAACACCAGAGCAAAACACUGAUUUCAUGAGUGCAUUUGAGUGCAUAUUUCUUUUACAGUGUGUGUGCAUUGUAUUUGCAUCAAUGUUUACUCUGUGAGAACAACAGAUUUCACUAGAAAGAUGAAGCAUGCAUGCACACUAACUCUCACCUCAUUCAAUUCAGUCAUUCAUUUUGAUAAACACAUUGACCAAUAACAAGUAAUUGCUGUUGACUAAACACAAAGAGCAGAUCUAGAUUGUCAUGUCUUUAAUAUUACUUAGACCCCACAUCAAUCCACCAAUGGGCAACAGUAGUGAGAAAACACUUCAUUUAACAGGCAGAGACCCUGAGCAAAACUAGACUCAUUUGUGAACAGUCAUCUGCCAAAAGUCAGACAGAUUAAAUUGAGUAAAUAAAGUUGAGUUGAGCUCAGCUGACAUGAAAAGAGAUAAGUUAAGAUCAGAUAAGUUCAGUUAAGUUAAACUAAGUUCAGCUGAGAUAAGAUCAGAUGGGAUAAGUUAAGUUAGGGGAAGUUAAUACAAGAUGAGUUCUGUUUACAUGAGAUAAUUCAAGAUGAGAUCAAAUGAGAUGUUGUGGUAAGAUAAGUUAAAAUAUGUUAAAAUGAGUUAAGUAAGGUUAGGUUAAGUUAAGCAGGCAGGUAACCAAGUACUCCAAAAAGAGUCUAUAUUGCACAUAAGUAAGUGCACACAAAUGUAGUAUUUUAUUCAGUGGGUGUGGUUCAGCGUUCUGGAUGGUAAUGGCUCUGGGAUAAAAACUGCGGUACGUUUUGAUGGACCUGUAACAUUCUCUGAGAGGCAACAGUUCAAACAGAUGAUAUUCAGGGUGAGACCUUUAAGAUGUUGUGUCCUUUCUGUAACAGAAGGUGAAGAUGUCAUCCAGGGCAGGUCACUGUUGGUUUGGGAUGUUCUUCACAAUCUUUAUGAUUCUCUUCAGGGACUUCUCAUCUGCUUCCUAUAGCUGUCUGUCUAUAGAGACAUAUAGCAGAAUUUCUAGAAAUGGUUUAAACCUAAGCCAGACCUGAUGUUGAGUGCUUUAAGUUUCAAGUCAGCUCUUGAUAGCAGAGAGGGGGUCUCAGGAAAGUUCACGCUCUAAUACAAGAACAAAAGAUUGUUUCCUUAGUGAGAGUUUACACUUUUAGACAACCUGACCUUCAUCAACAAAGAUGUGAGUUAAAAGGCUAAGUCAAAUUUGACCUUUGUUUGCCAGCUCCAAACUCAAAUCUCCAUCCCCAUACCAUAUCUUCCAUUAUGGAAACUAUUUUUAUCAACUUAAAGACAAAUAUCCAGUCAUGCUUUCACUAAGGUACUGUUAUUGUUUUUUAUGAUAGUUACAGUGUAUACUAACAGUGUGUAAGCAUCAGAUAUUUCCCCACAGCAUGCAGCAGUGGUUGCUUGCUGUCCACCCUGCAUCCGUCAAAUAUACACUUGUGUUACUUCAUGCAGAUAAACCACAAGAAAAACUUGUGGUGUGCCACAAGGACCAGUGGUGGGAUCCAUGUUAUUCAAGCUUGAUUUUAAUAAUAUCUGUAGCAUGCCUGAUAAGUUGAAAUAUUGCAACCCGCUAUGUAGCAGUGGUUGCUUGCUGUCUACACUGCACCCAUCAAAUAUACACUUCUGUUAGGUCAUGUAAAUAAACCAUGUUGCUAUGAGCUGUGGAGAUCAGCUUGAGAUGUUCAACGUGAAAGAGUUUUUUCUGUCUCUCAAUAGCCAGUCGUCAUGUGAAAGAGAGGCAAAGGAGAUGUGGGAAAGAAACUCCAAAGUUAAGAGUGCAGACAAUGCUUAGAGUGACAAAAGAAAGAGUAGUUAAACAUCAUAGAGUGACAGCAAUACAAUUCAUGGUAUUUUACAGAGCCCAUACAUACAUUCCCCCUUGAUAAAUUAAUGCUAAUUUAUCUCAUAAGUUUGCACAGAUGCCGUCUCAUUAUUUUUGCUAAAAAAAAAAUACGUUGACAAGUUUUCACCAUGAAGCCUGGACUUCUGACUUCAGACUUUCAGUGACAAAAACAGUGUUAUUUAAUAUCUUCUCAGUCCCACAGUGCCGCCUGUAGCUGCAUGAGAUAUGAGCACACAUUGGGGUGGCCCCUUCCCUCCAUGUUUUUUAUUGGGUGCAGGAAUGUGGAAGUGUUCCCAAAUUUGGUUCUCUCAGGAAAUGAAAAAUCUCCUGGUUUCCUGCUGCAAGAAUGUCAGCAACAACUGAAGGUUAACAGGAAGAUGCACUGGGUGACCACAAAAGGAAGGAUUAUGUUUUAAUCAGUUUUGAACCUGUGACAUGAUUAAAUUUAUCCCCAAGAAAGGAGAACACGGGGAUCAGGAUACCUCCAGAAACACCUUAGAUCAGAGAGCCUGUUUGGGGAGACUAAGAAGGUUCCUCUUCUCUGCCACUUGUCUUCGAUAGUUUAACUUCUGACCUGUGUUGCUGACAUUUGAACUGUCACCUUUCUGCCUAACAGGCUUCUUUCUGCACAAACAAGCAAAUACUGAAAAGAUUUAAAGUCAUGGUUUUGUCAUGAUGGUGCCUUUUGAAACGCCUUUGAAACAGUUAUGCAUACUUAUGAGAUCAGUCAGAUGGAUUUGAAGGGUUUUGAUAAUAGAUACACAAACUUAACACUUUAAAGAUUUUAUUAAUUUUUUCUUAAGGGAAAUAAUUCUGAGGACCUGUUUCUCUGUGGAUUAAGUUAGCAGAGUUAGCACCACCAGCCUUUGGUCCUCAACAACCAGUCAUUUAUAUCUAAAGGGGUAGAAUUUGUCACCAUGGAAAACCGGGUAAUAAAUGGUUAAAAAAUCUGAUAAACACUGUGAUACUGUAAGAAUUUUUCAAAAACUAAAGCAUUUCACAACUUAGACGUUUCCUCUUCUUAAAGAAAAAAAAAGUUUGGCUCUUUAUACCCAAAAAAAUUAAAACAGAUUCUUUUUUUUAUAUUGAAAUACAUCUAAAAAAAUUUGGCAUCUUCUCAUAUUCAGGGUUUCACAAUAAAUGUGGUGGACACUGUCAGAUAUAACACAUUUUUGUUGACAACAUAUGCCAAAUGACUUGACAAGUGGCUAAAAAAUUAAAAUAUCCUAAAAACAUCUUAAAACUUCAUGGAUGGUGUUAAUGAAGCUGUACUCAGAGUUAGCAGGGCCUGAAAACACUUUUACUGGUAAUUUUUUGAAGGAAAAUCUACCAUACAUAUGAAGUUUCUUUAAAGAAAUGUGUGACAAACAUGUUUGUAGCAGCAGAUAUAUCAGUGACAGCAUGCUCUGAUUGAUUUGGCAUGAGGACCGGUCUUGAGUUUCUGUUGGCAGACUAACAGGUCAGCCCUCACUGGAUUGUGGUCUUUGUAGUUCACAGCAGGACUUUAAGAGUCGAGGGGUCACACACUUCAGUGUCUGUAGCUAAUUCUGUCAUCUGGACUCCAGUCUGUGAUGAAAGGUGUUACAGCUUCAGUUACGAGUCUGUGCGUAGGUUUAUUGCCAGCGCGCAGCGUGGUAUGAAAGGUAGUCUGGUUAAAGCGAGCGGUGAUAUGAGCUCUUGACUUUGGCGCCCCUUAACAGAGUUUCCUGUACAAUUUAUCAAAAGUCUUUACCAUACAAAUACCGUUCUCAUCAUCACAUAGUCAGUUACACGUGGUAAGCAGCUGUGUUAAUGGCAAUGAAUACAGAGGACUAUUUUAAUGUUAACAAGCAAUGCAUUGUCUCUCAGCAUGAAUAUAUUUAAUCUGUCAGACCAGACAUGAAUUGGUGUACAGUUGGGUGUAAAACAGCUGCUAUUUGGAGUCACUUGGAGUAAGAGGGGGCAUUUCCAACAGCACUCCUCAAAACAUGCAGAGCAGGCAUAGAUAAUGCAAGCUAUGGGUAAUUUACAAUUGCCCCAAAACAUCAUUCAUUAUAACUAAAUGAAAAAUUCAAAUUUUAUAGUUGCUCGAUCUCCCACUUGGUAAUAUGGAGCAGGCAGGCUUUAUAGGCUGUACUGCUGCCACUCAGUAGGGGGUGCUCUAAAUGUUUUUGCUCCACUUUUGGGUCAUAUUCAUGGCAGUAUUAACUUUUCUCAUGUUGUGCAGCCCUAAAUGUAUCACAGAGUCUUACUGAAGCUGCUGUUUGCAUGUUGAAGCUGUUUCUUGUAUCAACAAAAUAAACCGGUUAAGUUUCAUUUCGAGUUUUAUAGUCCGACAGCUCGACCGCAUGAGCUCGUCUUUGUAAUUAUCGGAGUUGUAAAGAAGGUUAAACUGAGAGAGAGGACAGAAAAGUGCUGACUGUGUUUUUUCUUUCUUCUUUUUUUUUUUUCUGAACAGAUCGAGAGGACCAAUCAAUCCUUUGCACGUAAGUACUGCACCUCCUUACUCUUUUUUAUUGUCCUCUUCUUCUUCUCCUCUCUCCUCUUGAGGUCGUGUCUUUGUGUUAAAGCAAUUUGACGGUCUGGAAAAUGAAUCUGUCUGUAGAUGCACCUUUAUAAAGAUAAGGUCUCACUCCUUGUUCUUGAAAGUUUUGAAUGUAACUCACAGAGACAAGCAGAGUACUCUAAAUGAAUCAUCACCUCUGAAUUACCUGCUUAUGACCCUUCCCCUGUCUCUGUCUUCAUGUUCCCUCUCCCUGACUCAGCUGGCCAGCUCCAAUCAUCCCGCCGUGUUUUAUUUAAAGUCUGGUUUCAAAUAGCUCUUUGCGGAUGCAGGGUAGUGCAGCAGCUCAAGCUAUUACUGAGGAAGUUAUGAGUGCGGUUUGGUGCCCUGCUUUUAUCCUCUGUGGCGAGCGUAAUUAAGUGGCACACUCUUUCAGUGUGGCUUGAGGAGACGCUGCCAAUGAACACAGAGCUGUGACUUAAUCUGACCCAAAUCCUGAAAACGACACCCUCUGUUGGUGACAGUGGGGGCGUUUUAACAAAGUCACCUCAAGUAUGAUGGGUAGUCAGUGUUAAAAUAUGGGUCGUUUGGCUAAUUAAUGUCACGUAUUGUUACAUUCCUCCAGAAAAAAAAGACAUGCAACACAGUUUUUUGACUGAAGUAUAUUUACUCACCCACAAUAGGUUUAUUAUGAAUCAAGAAACCACUUUUACUUCAGUUCAGAUGUGUAGCAUCAACUAACAUCAAGUAUUUGCAAUUUCAUAAUUUAGCAACAAUAUGUCCAGAAUAAUCUUUCUAGACCCUUUUUCUCUGUACAGGCAUGACUUGUGGCCCUGUAUUUGCUUAAACAACCACAAAAAGGUUAGAACAUAGCGCCAAAUGUUGAUUAAAUCUGAUUUUGAUGUGUUGCAAAUCAUUUUAAACCUGUGUUUACUUGAAUAUAGUGCGAAGAAAACUUCAUAAAAUGUUGGUGGUUGCUGGCUUUUAAGAUGGUCACUGAUAGCAAGUCAGAUGGUCCCAGGGCCACAAGUCCUGCAGUGUCCAUGAUUUCCAAAAGAAUGUCAAAUUUUGAUUUUUCAGAUUACAGGGCAGAUUCCCACUUCCCCUCAGUCCAUCUUAAACUGUCCAUGGAACCUGGACCAUGUUUACAUUUGUUUUCCUAACUCAGGACCUUCGAGUGGUCCCCUUUCUCUUCAGAAUGGAGGAUGUGGUGUCCAUGCUCUCCAAAAGAAUGUCAGAUUACAGGACAGUUUCCAUUUUGCCUUAGAUAGGUUUGGUCCCAGUGAAGUCACCAGCAUUUCAGGACCAUGUUUAAAUUUGUUUUCCUCUUUACAUUGUACAUUUUUAGAUGAACUGUGUUUUUUUACUUUGUUGGUGGUUCUAGCCCAUGUGCUGCUGAUGCAGUGCUGCCUAAAGACCUCAAGCUUAUGGCCAUACCAUCGGUCUUUGGCCAUGCCAUUUGAGUGCAGAGGUUUUUGCAGAUCCUCUGAAUCUGCGAAUGAUAUUAUAUUAAGUAAAUCAUGAAAUCCCUCAAAUUCUUUACACUUUAUGGGGAGGAAGUUCUUCUUAGUUUGCAAACCAUAAAAUGCUGUUUUUACUGUCCCAAGUUUUAGGGAAUUGAGGUUUUAAUAUUGAUCAAACACAGGAAGAACUUAUGUUAUGUAUCCUUGGGGGGAAAUAAUGUAGCUGUGAAAAUGGUCUCUAACUGGGAGCAGCUCAAGAGGACGUGCAAAAUCUCUCACUUAUGAGUUAACCGUUACAGGCUUAAGGAUGUGAGGCAGAGGGUUUGGUCCCAGUUUUUCUGCACAUUAACAUCUCAAAUAAGUAAAAGAUAGAUGAGGUAUGAAGCCAAACUAUUAUGUAAAAUGAUUUGACCUAUAUUGCUAUCCUUGUAUCCUGUGUGAUGGGGACCCGCCCAUCCAGCUGAAACUCUAAGUGCAGCAGAGCUAAUAGCUGGCUAGACUAAAGCCACCGGCAUGUAGCUCGAUGUAGAGUUCCUGGCCUGGUUUUUGUGCUGGUUCGGGUUUUUCUGGCUCUCUAGGUCCUGACUGUGGGAACUGUGGAUGGCCCUGCCUGAACAGAGCUAUCAUUAGAGACAGCCUAGAAGCAGAGCCUGGAAACUUGAGAGACUGGCCCACUAAACCACAGCGUUCUCCAGUGAAACAGACAAAUAGAUGGGUUCAGAAAACAACAACAAACAACCUGAAACUCGCUCAUUUUCUUCUCCUCCACCCCUCUCUUUUACUCUUCUUUUGUUUACUUUUUUCUUGGAGAUCACCUAAUCUCUCUUUACCAUUUUAAUGAUGAGGAAGAGUUACUCUGGUCAGUGUUUUACAGUGUUUGGUCUCCCCACAAGUUUUGAAAUAAAAUUAUAGAGAACUUACACGGAUGAUUUCCUAGAAUUAGACACAUGCUGCACAACUAAAAGCCUGCAAUUCAUGACUGAAAAAGAGAGGCUGUUGUAAAUAUUUUUAUAUCCAAAGUGAAAGAAACCUCAAAUUAAACCAAGUGUGUCAGAUUUCAGAAAGAAUCCCUACAGACACAACUGUUUCCCUACAACUUUUUGUUUUGUAAUAAGAUACCUUUUUUUAGAAACUAGGCUGUUUUUUGUUUUUUUUAAUUGCCCUUUUCAAAGCCACCAGACUCCACUCACAUAAAAAGUAGUUUGGCCUCCCUGAGCAUGAGAACUGCUCAUGUUCUCCGCCUUGGUUAUAUUUUGGGCAGAUAUUCACACUAUUAUUGAGUUUGAUCUAACUGUCCAUUUGAUAAUGGAUAGCCACACAAAAUCACGAUUAAACCAGCUCAAGAAAAAGUGAAGAGAAGUGAAUGGAAAAAGAUAUGAGUUGCCAUUUUUGCAAAUACAGUAAGAUAAGAACUUUAUUGAUCCCCAAAGGGAAAUUCAAUAAGGUCCAGGUACACCGUAAUGUUUGUGUAUUCCUCAUGUCGUCAGCUGUAUUAAAUAUAGAAGAUAAAAGAGCAGCUAAAUAGAUAUAUAAGUGCAUCUCAAUAAAUUAGAGUAUCAUUGAAAGAGUUCAGUUCAAGAAGUGAAACUCAUUAAUUAUAUAGAUGUAUUACACACAAAAUGAUUUAUUUUAAGUGUUUAUUUCUUUUCAUUUUGAUGAUUGUAACUUACAGCUAAUAAAAUUCCCAAAUUCAGUGUCCCGGAAAAUUGUGAAGAAAUUCAAUACUAGAGAUUCGUUCCCCCUGGACUUUGUCUAGUAGGCGAUUUCUAGAGGAAAGGAAGACAUGAGAACCUGAGAACUGAAGGCUCCACCUGUGACACUUUUUUUAGAGUGUUCAGGUGUCAUGAGCAGGCAGGGAGCGUAAAAAAGGGUGAAAAUAAUAAAACUUUUAUCACAGAAAAGGAAUAAACAAAUUGAGAAACACUGUCUCAAAUAGAAGGAGUAGCCACUGUGGAACAGUUGAAAAAGCGUUGGUGGGCUGAAAGUCAAAGAAACUUGAUUGAUAUCUGAAGGUGUCUGCCUGUCUCACUCAGUCCUUGUUCGUUUCAUCCUUUGCUGCCCGUGUCUCUUUAUGUAAAUCCAAGCUGUCUUUCCUUUUUGUUUUCAGGGGUGAAUCAGGUGCCGGCAAGACUGAGAACACGAAGAAAGUCAUCCAGUACCUGGCCCACGUUGCUUCCUCACACAAAGGACGCAAAGACCACAACAUUCCUGUGAGAGCCCCACUACCUACAUGGUUUCUCAUCCGUCUUUAGCCUCUGCUUUUCGUUCCUUCUCUUAUGUACAGUAGAUCCUGUCUGAGAGGGCUUUGGUAGUAGUAAUGUACUCUUUCUUUAAAAGGAUGGCUUGGCAUUUUGACAAACACUCAUUUGCUUUUUGUUUAACAGCUGAAGCCACAAGAUUGAUCCCACUCUCACAUUUUCAUGUAAUAUUCACAGGAGAAUUCUUUUGAAGUCACAUUGGGGAUUACUUAAUUUUAAAAAUGUUUCACAGAUUUAAGUGAUUUUCUGUGAAACUCCAAACAAAGAUCAGGUUUGACCAACUUCCCUCAGAAUUAAGAAUGUUGUCUGCAAGGACUUCUCUAAUUUGAUGGUGAUAUAGAAGAAAAAUUAGUUAAUUUGGAUUAAUAACUAUUUUUGAUACACCACAGCUGAUAUAAAAUAAAGGCCUGUGCAAAAAAGAAAUAGUUCCUGAGAUGGCCAAGAAGAACAGGUAGUUCUUGGCACUCAAUGCAAAAUAAAUCAUUCAUUCAUCCCUACUCAGUUUAAGGCUGCACCCAAUAAGCUUUGUUUGGCAAAAAACUCCAAACAGGUGGACUGGUUUCCUUUUACUUCAACAAAGUCUUCCUGCCAGCUUGAAACUAUAGAGUGUGAUAGUGGUUGUGUGAAAAAACAUUUCAGUCAGGAUUGCUUUCAUCAAAUAUAAUUACAUUUCUGAGCUCCCUGCCCUUGCAUGAGCUUACAUGGAGUGCCAAAGCUUGGAGCCGGGAGAGCAGCAGCGAAGAACUACGGAACAGAUCAGAGCCAGCAUUAGUGACAAAACAGAUGACCCUGGUAUGACCAGACUGCAAAAAAAGAAGAAAGAGCUAGAGCAGAGGUGGGUUACAAAACAGUGGUGGAAGAACGAGGACGAGUCGACAGGCUAAAUCAGUUUAGAUAGCACUCUAAUUUUGACCUUUGCCAAUUUGAUGCUCAACACUAAUCAGCUGAAUGUAAGCUAGUAUAGGCAGGUGUUAUGGUUAAGCAGACGUACUAAAGGCUAAGCUUGGCUUUCAUGACCUGCCUGAACUAGCACUGUGUUCAUUUUAUAUUGAUAGAAAUUCCUGAUGGUGAAAAGUUGUCAAAAUGAGAAUUAUACUUAUAAUACAUCACUGCAGCUUUUGCCAAAAAGAUCACCGUCACUUUUGACAAAAGGGGUGAGCAAGGGGGCAUUUCAGUAAAGAAUCUGAUUCCCAGAUAUUGCGUAACAUUCCUAUUUCUACACACUGCACCUCUAACAUGUCUAAGUCAUUGUCUUAAUUUGUCCAAAUAAAAAUGCUCAAAAGACACAAACAAACUGACUCUUCUGUAUCCUGAAAUUGUGCAAACUAAGCUAACCAACAUCAGAUAUGAGUGUGGAAUCUAUCUUUUUUUUGUAUUUCUGUCAAAAAGCAAAUGAGUGUACUACUCAAAGUGUCAAACUUCUCAGAUUUGUUCUUUUAUUGUUGUUUGAGCAAAGCAGUAGUUGAUAGUUCAGUCAUGUUAAUACAAUGCUAAUCUAGCUAAUCUUAAUCUAGCCUGACUAGUCUCUGCUCUUGCCUCAUGUCAUCCAGUGCUGUUCUUUGAGAGUUUCCCUAACAUGGGACUUAAUGUGUUCUGUCAUUCUGUGUCCUUUGGCUUGUGUCUGACUUUAGCGCUUAAGGUUUUAACACUUUCAUUUGUUUAUCUGUAACAAACAGCCCGAAUCUCCCAAAGCAUUCAAGCUACAGGCAAGUGCGUCUCCCGCUUCCUCCAAACAAGUGUGCUGUCCUUUUCUAAUGUUACUUGCAUGCCCCUCCAUCGUCUUCUCUUUCAUCAUGGUUUUGACAGUCUAACCUGUAUCAGUAUUCCUGUGAGGUAUUUGUUUGUGCUGGCUCAGUCUCCUCUCAUUAUUAAUUUAACUCAGAGAGUCUGCCAGGCUCAUGAUACUUUAACACUUUAUUUUAUCAGCUGCUUUGAGUUUAUUAGAUCAGAUAUAAGAAGAGGGAAAUAGGAUCAUUAGGUCAGACAAACUCUGAAGGCAGACUUCGUUUCCUGCUCUGUUAAAGCUGAUGUUUCAGAUAUAAUUACAGUUUGGAUGAAAGUCGUGGUGCAGGAAUAGCAGAUUUGCGUGUUGUUUCACAUUUAAAAAAAAUCACAUUUCAUAAACAUUUCCUCAGAAUCGCUAAAACCACAUGCGGCAUAACGGUUGACAGGGAUAAAUAAGCAUUGAGAUUCAAUACAUCACUGGAGCCAGAUCACUAUUUAAAUUAUUCACACACCAAGAGCUGUUUGCUUGAGGGCAUAAAAACUUCAAUUCUCUCAUUCUCUUGAAAGACUGUAAGAAGCAUCAGAGGGUUGCACUGAGCUAGCAUUACUAUACUAAACAGAUGGUCAAACAGGUUUGUAGAUCUGAUUAUAGUUGCCUUAAAAAGAAAAAAAACUAGCAUGCAUAAGAUAUAUCAGCUAACAUUAUGUAAUGUUAUUUUGUGCAUGCAGUGAAAUGUAGAACAACAAAGAUUCAAAGGGUUACUGCAGCACUUGCCGCCCACUGUCUGGCACAAUGCAGAAUUUAAAUGAUGCCUUGUUAGUGUUUCCUGUCUAUUUUAGGUGUUUUUGUACAAUUGAUCCACAUUUUAUCUCCUGGAUUAACCUGAUAAUAAAUUAGAUUGAAAUCAGACAACAGCCACACUUAACAUCUUACCUUGAAUACUAAAAUCUUCAUCUCUGGAUAAAAACAUGACACCACUCACCCUGUCCUAUACUGAUCCUUAUGUUUGAUUGCUGCUAUGCUGUAGAUGCAUGUUUUUAGUUUGGGGAAUAUUUCAAUCAAUCAUUUAUAUUCUUUUGCCUGCUUGGCUGCUAAGAUUUAACAGGAAUCCCAAACACAGUCCACAUUGUUUGUCCCUAAGUAACACAAAGAAGAAUCUGUUCACAGGGAGCUGAUGUCACCCCAACUUCAUCUUUCAUUUUUUAGCUCAUCUCUUCUCCAUCCAGUCUGUUUUUCCUCAAUCCUCCAAACCAGUACCUGAUGUCUCUGUGUCUUCUGUAAAUCUAAUAAGUACAGAAGCACAGGUGAAAACCUCUAACCUGCAGCUCAGAGCACACACAAUCCUUGGGGGGGAUACCUGUUUAAUAUGCCGUGUUUCAGUAGCUGAGAGAGAGCAGCUGUGACUCAGGGCCUCAGUGCUCCCCUCCGUUCACACUGACCUCCUUAAAGCUGCGUUCCUUCUGUGUUGCAUUACAGCGGCCUCUGAGCACAGGCCAGAGGAAUUUAGAACCAGGGAGCGAAGGGGAGGAAAGAUGUGGUGGAGGAGAGAGGAAAUAAAGAGGAGAUAGAAAGAGGUGUAUAGGAGGUAAACCAGACCACACAUUCAGACUUAUGGAAAUACCUGGUUGUCUGUACUUGAUGAGAAUGCUGGUGUCUUGGGGCUGCACGAAUAUGGCCAAAGUUAUGAUCACAGUUAUUUUGAUCAAUAUUGAGAUCACUGUUUUUAAUCAUGAUCAUUUAUUCAUUUGAGGGCCAACAUUUUCUCUGUUACUGUUUGUUUAAAAACACAUUUAUCUCUUGUCUCAGUUAAAGCCAGGGACAAAAAUCUGGCCGAGCAGUUUAGACCCACUCUUGCCUCAAACAUUUGGUCAGGUAGCAUCAAAAUGCAUCAAAAGUACACUUUUACCAUCAUUGAUUUCAAGCUCCUGUGUGGAGUUUUGUGAUGUUUAUGAGAUAAACUGAUUUUUAUCAACACCUUUUUUUAUAAUGAACGAAAAUAAGACCACGAGUGAUCAGACUGAUGAUUUACAUAUUUUAGUUUUUGCUGUAAACUGGUGUGAGGGGAUAGGAGGCAGCUUAGCAGCUGAAGAAACAGCCCUGUGUUUUCAAUUUUGACUUUCAAAAGUCAGCAAGAUUAGACAUUACUGAGGCAUAUGGAGGACAAGAUAAGAAGGCUGCUUUCUCCACAGGGGGCGCCAAAACUUGCAUGCUCCCAGGAUAAACAGGGUGUGUUUUAUAAAUCAUGCAGGCAGCUCAUUUUCUGAAACAUCCCCUGACUUUGGAGGACAAGAUGACGUUGCACCGGCCAUGUCUAUGUUGUUAUGUUUUGUUUACGUGUGAAUGCCCGGUGGCUUUCUUGAAUGAGCUCCCUGCAGCAGAGAUGGUAACGGCACCGGGUAUCUCCCUCCUCUACAGUUUCACCCUGGAAAAUAAUGUUAUGUCGAUGCACGGAAUCAAAAUACAUGAGAUGCUUUCGCCUAGUCAAUAUCAACAAUUAAAUUCACUAAUUUUGUCGCAAUUUGUUUUUAACUGCCCUGAUGAAUUGUUGCACCCCUUAUUCAGAGUUUGUAAGAUGAAGGCAAAUGUGAAAUAAUAGCCUCUACCUCCAUCUGUAAUGUUGAUUUUUUCCUGUAUUGGUAUAUCAGCAAAUCUAGACUCAUAAUGGCGAUGGAAAACUGGUCCUGCCGUCUAUAAGAGUUUCCUGGAGUCAGAUUUAAACAGGUUCUACCAUAGGAGGCGUUUCUGUCCAGCUGCUGCCCUGCACAGAGGAGACUGUGACAUGUUUAGAGAAAUUUGAGGUUUCAGGGUCUGUAGGGAAUGUCCCAACCACUUUUAAGGCAGCGUUUAAGAUUUGGGAGGGAGCCAUUAUUACCACGGUGGUGGUACAGUCUUUGGAUGUAUAAAUAUACAGUAUAUCAUCAUAACCAGAGGAAUGUGCUGAACGGAAGAGGCUGCCGAGUAACCACUUACAGUAUGGCAUGUGUUAUAAGGCACUCGCUAUAUUGUCUUCAUGGUUUUGCAAAUUCUGUGGGAUAUUUGGUCGUCUUGGUACGUUAAACUUGUUGAGUCCCCCUGGCAAAAAUCACACCGUGCUGCUGUUCGUCGAAUUAAAGCCAACAGCACGUCUACAAGAUUGAUUCAGCACAUACCAUUUCUCUCCAGCUGCUCUGCUCCAAAGAUCCAAUCCUGCUUCUCCAGUUUGUUUUUAUUUUUUAAAAAUGUGAUGAAUAAUGACUUAAGAUUUAAAAUGUGCUGCCAGGUGUUGGAGAUGUGUGGCGUCUUACCUCUCUGUCUCUCUUCACAGGGUGAGUUGGAACGCCAGCUCCUCCAAGCCAACCCAAUCCUCGAGUCUUUUGGCAAUGCAAAGACGGUGAAAAAUGACAACUCUUCUCGCUUUGUGAGUUUCUGUUUCAGUGAUUAUUCUCUAUCAACCUCUCUCCAUCUAAGGUGAAAUGCAAGCUUCAAAUCACUAAAAAGGUUUUUAUUCUUGGGGCAAAAAAGCACAAAGUACGCAGACACCCAUGUUCAAUUUCUUUAGCAUGAUGAGACUUAAAUUGAAGUGAGAGAGACCCCACAGUUGAUGACAUUUAAUUACAAAUUUAACAGUUUUGUUUUUAUGCAACGACAUGACACACACGAAGAACACCCCAUGUUUACAGACUCCAUUCACCCACUCACUAAACUGAGAACCUACAGGAAUCUCUCUCAAGAUCAGACUUGGAUUUAAAUCAACAAAUAUGGUGGACAGUUAAAUCCUUUUCCCUUCUUGCCAGUUUUGUUGUAGUAUGUUUAACAGGACAUAUUGUGAAAACACUUUUUUGUGGCCAGAAAUAUCCAGUGUGUGCUUUGCAAGCAGCAGCCUCACAAGAGCGGUCAAUGUGCAGGGAGAACGGUAAUGGAGGAUUAUACCUCUCAGGCAUUAUGGGAGCUUCUUGUCCUCGAAGGCCACCGUCACUUCUGGAGCUCGAUGGGAGCAUUUCAGUCCAGAAUCUGACUGCAAGAUGUCGCUAAAAAUUCCUGUUCCUACACCCUUUAUCUUUAAAGCUGUUGAACCGAGGCAUUAGCUAAUUCUGAACCCAUUCAAAAAGAUAACACUUGGAUAAACCUGGAGGACAUACAGUCUACAGUUUAUGCAUAUAAAUAACACAGAUUCAACCAUUUAACAGCUAAAAAUGGCGUUAAUCCAAGCAGCACCGUCUAUUGUUGAGUGGACAUGCAAAAAAUAAAGUUCCUCAAGUGUUCACUUUGGGCUGGCUGCAAUCCUAUUAAAACCCAUGUAAAAAAAAAUCUAAUUUUAGAGCAAAAUUCUGAUAUUUAAAGCCUUGUACAGUUAUAGUUUAAAAACUUAUUUUUUUGUCCAUAUAAAUAAGGGAAUUUAGAUUUGCAUUCUUCUUCAAACUGUACUGGGAAUUUUUAUACAACUGAACGUGGGGGAAAGUUAGCCACACUUUGAUGUAAACAAACACCAACUACAGCACUCCUAGCAUCCACCCAGUCCUACAAACAUUCACUGCCUCCCACCAAAAAAUAACCUGACACUUUACCCUCCGACCACAAAACCCCAGAGUGUCAUUCCUCUGCAUAUUUUUCUACGGAUUAAACAGUAAAGGUGGACAUUUCUCCGUCAAAGCGUUGAUAGAUUUUUGUGUGACUCUGUAAAGCAUGUGGCCAAGACUAACCACUGCGGCACUCAGUCCUCAUGAGUCACCAUUUCGCUCUGUGAGGAGGUAAUGAUGACCAGCAGACAGAUGGGCACGCAUAUUUACACACACUUACACACACACAUCCACUCUCAGGAAACCACAGACAUGCUUUAGAUUCCUUCUGACCUGUAAACCCCACUUCUCCUAAUAUAGUCACACUCCACUGGAAUUUGUUUUUUUUUACCUGUAAGUGUCAGCCGAGCAUUUUUGAACACAGCUGCCUUUAAAGAAUCGUGACAAAUGACAGCAUUGGAUUUUUAAUUAUGACGGUUAAGUUUUUAAUAUAAAUCUGUAUCUUUUCCCUGCAGGGGAAGUUCAUCAGAGUCAACUUUGACGUCGCAGGUUACAUCGUCGGGGCCAACAUUGAAACUUGUAUCCUCCAACUGAUGGGCCAGGAGGCAAAAGGAUUGGUUCAAAGACAACUAAAGCUAGCUGAAAACAGGCUGCACAUUGGUUUCAAAGCUAAGAAAGGCUGUCAGGCUUCUGCUUAACCACAAGAAUGCCGUUCUUGAAAUGGAGAAGGGUCGCAGUGAGCUCCAAAGGAAGCAAGAUUUCUGUUGUUGUUCCCCGUUUGUACUCAGGUUUAUUUCUGUGUGUGGAGGGAAAAAAGAUAGGAGGUUCCUCAGAUAACAAUUUUUUGUCGUCACAUGUGCAGAAAGAACUAAUACUUCAUUCCUUAGUGAAUUCUUGGAGCCUAAGAUUCAGGAUUUUAAAACCAGCUGCAUGUUAACCUUUAAGAUGAAAAUAGGGGUUCUUAAAGUCCCUUGGAUACCCAUUGAACUUGGGCUGUUUUUUUAUAAUAAGCAGAAACUUGUUUAACUUUUUUAAGUGAAAUUGUUAAUCCAGCAUAAGUGUCAGUUAUUAACUCUCUUUAAUUUUUACAUCUUUAUGUUCUGGUCAGUCCUUAACCGUCUCUCUCAGACCUCCUGGAGAAGUCUCGGGCCAUCAGACAGGCCAAAGAGGAGAGGACCUUUCACAUUUUCUACCGGCUGCUGGCAGGAGCUGGAGAACAUCUCAAAAGUGAGUGUUUCAGUGCUAAUAUUAGGGAGAGGAAAAGUUUUGAAAGGUUAAUGUUGAGUGACGUUGGUUUGAUUAUAAGCGACAAACUGAGCUGUUCUGUGCCCUGGGGUUCAUAAGCUGAAAGUGCUUUAUAUACUGAUGCACCAUAGCAGGGCUUCAUAAAACGUCUACUAGCUGUCUUGGAAAUUAUCUACCAUGAAUCAACAACACCUAAAAAUGGCAUUAAUCCAAGUGUCAAAUUCUGGCAUUGAGAAAUGAAACCAGUACGGGUGUAUGAAAAAAAAAACUGCAGUUCCUCCGUUGUGCACUUGAAGCUAGUUUAAAAACCAAAGACCUCCCAUUAACAUUUAUGCUAAAACGCCCAACAGCAAAAUUACAAUGAUUUCAGCCCUGUACAAAAGCAGUUGUGAUCUUUCCACCACAAUGACAGCCAUCAUUGAUAUUUUUGUUUCUCCCCUGUUAUUAACUCUAUUACCAAAACUAUUAGUCAGGUUGACUAUAAUGACCAUGAAUUAGGUGAAGAUGAUUCUUUUUUCAUUCAUUUGAAAAUGUCAUCGGUUUCUUCGGUGUGUCAAGCACAAGUGUGCUACCCAUGAAACUGCCUGGAAAAAGAGAAGAACUGCUGUUGCAAUGAGAAUAUAAAUAUUGUAUUUUUAUAAGAAUACAUUUGAGAUCUUAUUUUUUUGUGUGUGUGUGUGUGUUUUCAGCCGACCUGCUCCUUGAAGGUUUUAACAACUACCGCUUUUUGUCGAACGGCAAUAUUCCCAUCCCCGGUCAGCAGGAUAAGGAGAACUUCCAGGAGACACUGGACGCCAUGCACAUCAUGAGCUUUUCUCAUGAAGAGAUCGUCUGUGAGUAGAGCUUCCAGAUGUCCUGAAAUAAACUCAUCAUUCUGUAAUGAAGUCCUCAUGUUUAUCCUAAUCCUGUCACAUAAAGUUAUACAUCAACACAGCAGUGGUUUGGGAAUGAAUGGGGUAGAAAAUAAUGUUGCACUUAAGGUUUGCAGCAUGAUCAGUCUCCAGAGUUUACGGAAACAUUUGAAUUGACGUAUCAAAUUUAGACACUCUGGUACUGAAUCCCACAUUGUAUCAAAUUCAAAUUCAGGUCUUUGGAUGCAUGAUUUGGGAUAAGAACCUUUCUUUUGGCUCUUCAGUGGAGCAUGGAGGACGAAAGAUUGUGCGCACCUUUUGAGUCAUCUGUGUAAUCAAUUAAGUGUUUUCCUCUCAUUCCCAGGCAUGUUGAAGGUGGUCUCUGCAGUGCUGCAGUUUGGAAAUAUUGUCUUUAAGAAAGAGAGAAACACAGAUCAGGCCUCCAUGCCUGAAAAUACAGGUAUCGUCUGUCAGCCUGCACAUAUGAAACCUCACACAAAUCCAGCCUGAUAAGAAUUGGACAGGAUUUAUGAGUCCAGAUCAUAAGACAGUAUUAAAAUCAGCCUUUUGAUCAUUUACUUUUUUCUUACUUUCUCAGCUGCUCAGAAACUCUGCCACCUGCUUGGGAUGAACGUCAUGGAGUUCACCAGAGCGAUUCUCACCCCAAGGAUCAAAGUGGGACGAGACUACGUACAGAAAGCACAGACCAAAGAACAGGUAAGACAUCAUUUAAUUUUACUCAUGAGGGUAAUGUUGCAUUUAGUGUAAAAUCUUUACAGCUUUUUUUUUGUUUAGUAUGAGAAAAUGCAGUUUUCUCCCAUACAAGUGAUUCGCAAAUGUCCUGCGUCUACCAAAUGAGCGCAGAAAAAUAAACAUGCAGUGCAUCCUUCAAAGAGACAAGGAGGGCCACCGCUCAACCCACAGAAACAGCAAAGAAACAGUACAGUACAAAGUGUGAAUGAAUAUAAGAGUAAAUAAACAUUAACAUGUUGAAGGGCUGAAAGUGCAUGUCAGGUUUUCACAUAAAUUCAGUUGUUAAGAUCUUUAAAAAUUGUUUCUCAAAGUAUCCUUCUGUUUUAAUAUAUUUUUGUUUACAGUAUUACAUAAAUUACAUAAAAAUUAUAUAUACCAGAAAAACAAGGAAGUAAAAAAAUUACAUAUUUUUGGAAAUUACUUUUUAAUAAGUUUGCUUUGAAAAUUAUUGCAACAUUUGAUCUAAAAUAAUUCUUUUUUUUUACUCAAUCUACCUACUUUUACAACUUCUAAGGCCAAAACCAAAACUGGGUGGCUGUGAUCUUCUAGCUCUUAGCAGCUCUGUGUUUAAAACAGACUUUACUCUGUAGUGGGAGUCACCAGAUGGGCUUUAAAAUCAUGACCAAAAAAAAAAAAAACACAGCCUGUGUUCACAGUUUGUUGCCAAAUCCACAAAUGCAGAAUAAAACCACCGCACCAUGUAAAGGAAAAACACAUAUAUCCAUGUCCAUUCACCAUUUCCUUCUGAACUGAACAUGAAUGGCUGAACCUUGAACCUCAUACUGUUGUGCCUGAUAACACUAACACUCUUGGUGUCUCCCCAGGCUGACUUUGCCGUUGAAGCUCUGGCAAAGGCAACGUAUGAACGGCUGUUCCGCUGGCUGGUCCACCGUAUCAACAAAGCUCUGGACAGGACUAAACGACAGGGGGCGUCUUUUAUCGGCAUCCUGGACAUUGCUGGAUUUGAGAUCUUUGAGGUACAGAAAGUAGCACUGUAAUAUCAUCAAACUCAUUUCUGUAAAGUACAAAUCAUUUUUAGACAAUUUUUAAUUGUGGGGAAAAAACACGCCAAACAAUAACUUAAACCCUGAAUUUGCUGUACUCCUCUUUCCAGCUGAACUCCUUUGAGCAGCUCUGUAUCAACUACACCAACGAGAAGCUGCAGCAGCUCUUCAACCACACCAUGUUCAUCCUGGAGCAGGAGGAGUACCAGAGGGAGGGCAUCGAGUGGAGCUUCAUCGACUUUGGCCUGGACCUGCAGCCCUGCAUCGACCUCAUCGAGAGGCCUGUCAGUGUUCUACCAACCUACCUGUAUGUGACUGUGUGUGUUAGCUUGUAAAAAUAUGUGUCUAAUAAGAAAUUCUCUCUCUUCCAGAAUAACCCCCCUGGUAUCCUCGCUCUGUUGGACGAGGAGUGCUGGUUCCCCAAAGCCACCGACAAGACAUUUAUUGAUAAGGUGCUGCAAGAGCAGGGAACACACACCAAGUUUCAGAAGCCGAGACAGCUCAAGGACAAGGCCGACUUCUGCAUCAUCCACUACGCAGGCAGGGUAAGUACUUCCUUUUCUUUGCAUUUCCCUUGAGAAAGUCAGGUUUCACAGAACAGUCAAAUGCUCAGGAACAAAACACAAUCGUACCUGCCUUUGGGCGACUGUAAAUUCACCCUUUUACAUUUUACUUUCAUCCCACAGAAGCAGGAAUGUGCAUUUCAUUCAUACACGUUUAUUUUUCUCCUGCCUUGUACAGAACUUUGUAAGGAUGAUUUUAAAAAAUACUAUUAAUAGUAUAAAUAAAGUUUAUUAUAAUAUUUUUUUUAUCCCUUCGUCCAAAAAGGUUGACCCAAAAGUUCCUCACAGCAGCAAAAAUAUGUAUUCUAUCUAUGACAACUGCUGACAGCAGGGAGAAAAAGAGAGUGUUACCCUACAAAUAACGUUUUAUAAAAAUAGGAUUGAAAAAAAGAGAAGUAUAAAUUAAAUAUAGAAAGAAGGAUACAAGAACCAGGAAGGAAGACACUGUGGCGGCCAGACUACACUGUGCUGAAAGAGACAAAAUAGCACGCAAUUAAACAAUGACCUGCUGAUUUUCCGGAUUUGGUGUUAUUAAUGUUGACUGCCAAAAUUAAAAAUACAGUCACACAUACAAACAUAAAAAUAAAAUAAAAUGGGAUAGUGAGUUUCAGACCCACCCUUGUUCUUGCAUUCUUGCUUCUUUCGUUCUGACUCUGAUGCUCAAAUUGCCACCCCUCUCAGCAGGCAGCUCCUAAAAAAGAAUGAUGCGUUUUAAAACACAGUUUUAGGUCCCCUGUGUUUUUCCUUAUGCAACAGCUCUCCUCCAGUCAUGUUUGGGGCCUCUCUUGGAGGCACAGACUUUGCUCCUCCAAUCGUGCAGUAAACCAGGUCAUUGCCCGAAAACAAUAGGCCAGUUGUUGUGCUGCUGCUGUAGGAAACACACAUCUGGUUCACAUUGGUGUGAAAUAGAGUAUUUGGUGCCUGGUGGUUACAUAACUGAAGAUUUCAACUUUCACCUCUGUGUGGUGGUCUGCCAUCUGUUACGAGGAAACGAUACUUCAGUGCAUUCCAGAGAAGAAGGAAAGUUGAUAUCAUCCCCAGAGUGAUGCUUAAUUAGGGUAACCUGUCUAUUUUUCCUCUCUGGAACGUUUGUGUAUGAAAAGCAUCUGGUAUUCAUGUCCAAACAUCAGAGCUGGUCACAAGUCAAACAGGUGAAAAUCUCAUGUUCAUGCAGAAUUCCUCAUUUGAACUUCAUCAAACAAACACCCCAUGAUAGACUGAUACCAGAGAAGAAAACGGUGCAAAAAUAGAAUUGUGAGUUUCAGGAUUUUUGAUGAAACCCACAUGCUGAUCUUGCAAUCCUCAUCUCAGGUUGCCUAACAGUGUCUAUUGCUUAUUUUGUUUCGCUCUAAUCCAAAAGUCUCUAUAGCAUGUUUGGCAAACAUGCACAAGGAAAAUGAUCAUGUUACUAAUCCAAUCAGGACCCUGAACACUGAAUUAGAUCUCCUGGUCAGUCAAAUAAAAUUCCAGGAGAGUCUUUAUUUUAACUUCAGAUGGUUGAAGUAUGACUCCACAGUGUCUUAUUAGGUCAGUAUUGUGUGUCAUACUAUCUUUUGAUCCUUUUGCCAAUCAUUAUAAGGCCCUGCAGAGCACAUCUGGAACUGUCUGUUAGAUUAAACAUCUGCAGGGUAUUUGGACACGAUUAGAGCCAAACAUAUCUGCCAUUUAUGAAGCACUGUAGACAGAUGUAGCAACAGACCAUACAUACUUAAUCAGAGUCUGUAAGCAAGUCCUCUCCAACUGUAUCAAAGGCAUAUUUUCCUCUACACCGGAGUAAUAAAAGAAACAGCAUUGGAUGACAUGAAGGAAUUCUGACUGGAUGUUUGUAUAACCUGAUUAUUAGAGGUGUGUGGUCUUCUUGGUAUGUACGUUGCAUUUAACCUUGUUUGGGUUCAGAGAGGAUGGAUGGAUGGAUGGAUGGAUGGAUGGAUGGAUGGAUGGAUGGAUGGAUGAAAUAGGGAUAGAUGGAUGGAUGGAAUAGGGAUUGAUGGAUGGAUGGAAUAGGAAUUGAUGGAUGGAUAGAUGGAUGGAUGCAAUAGAGAUUGAUAAAAUAGGGAUUGAGAGGUCGAUGGAAUAGGGAUUGAUAGAUGAUGGAUGGAUGAAAUAGGGAUUGAUGAUGGAUGGAUAGAUGGGUUGAUGAAUGCAAGGAAAAUGGAUAGAUGGAUGGAAUAGGGAUUGAUAAGAUAGAAAUUGAUGGAUAGAUGGGUGGAUGAAUGCAAGGAAAAGGGAUGGAUGGAUGGAUGGAAUAGGAAUUGAUGGAUGGAUGGAAUAGGGAUCGAUGGUUGGCUGGAUGGAUGGAUGGAUGGAUGGAAUAGUGAUUGAUGGAUGGGUGGAUCGAUGGAUGCAAGGAAUAGGGAUGGAUGAAUUAAUUGAUGGAUGGAAUAGGGAUUGAUGUAUUAUCUCAUAGAUUGGUUGAUUCUAAGUUGUACUGAUAAUGAAUACUUGAUGCCCUUAACGCUGCGUACUGUGAUUUUCAGGUUGAUUAUAAAGCUGAUGAAUGGCUCAUGAAGAACAUGGAUCCACUCAACGAUAACGUGGCCACGCUGCUGCACCAGUCCACUGACAAGUUUGUGGCUGAGCUCUGGAAAGACGGUAAGUCUCCCUAAAAAACGCUGUGUGAAAGCUCAGUUUAUUGGUACAGAACUUGAUGAGCUGAAUUACUAUGUCUGCAUUUAUCAACACAACAUUUAAUAAGCCAGUAUGAGUAAAGUAAACUACAGCCGGAGCUUAAAAAUGGAUUUAAUACAACAAGUAAUCCUGAUUUUACUACAUUGGCCUUCAUAAGUAUGAAUUGAUUUCACAGCUGUAUUAUUCAAGAAUCACAGGCAGGUCAAAUGGAAAGCCAAAUGGUCAUAUUGCACUUUAAAUCCAGUUAGAAUAACCCAACACCCUUUGAAGAAUAACAGUAUAUUAGUGUUUUAAGUGCAUGAACUGACAUUUAAUCUCAAAUCCUCUUUUAACAGCUAAUCUCUGCUCCUGAACUUGGGUGUGUGUGAGUGUGUAUAACUGUGUGUGUGUUGACAGGUGUAUGUGUUUGCAUGUCCUUCUUUUUUCUCACUCUCCUGUCUUCUUCUAUCUGUGUCCCUGUUGCUGUAGACAUUCAGACGUUUCAGAGAGCCUCUUUCUAUGACAAUGUGUCUGGGCUUCAUGAAGCUCCAGGUGAAUGAUAGUAACAUUGAACUUUCUGUACCUCUGGACUCAUUAUCAUUAGAUACUUGUCCUGUCCUGGCUGUACUGUGCGCUCCUUUAUGAACUCCCCUCUGGCUUUGCAUGGCUGUACUUGAAAUGUCCCUUCAUAAAUGCUGAUUAAUUGGUAAUUAUUCCAUCACCAGUUGCUUGAAAGUAAACUAAAUAAAUAACUGGUUCAUGCUAGACUGAAUGGAAGCUUUAAGGUCACCAUGCUCCCCAAAACAGGCAUGUUUCCCAGAUAAAACCAGCGUUGUGAUGCCGAGUAUUAUUUUGUGAGGAUUUGAAAUCAGCAGUGACACAGUCAGCAUGUGGUUAUGCUUCUGUCUUUCUUUACUUACUUGUUAAACUAAAACAUAUGUUUGUAACCCAUAUAUAACCUUAUAGAUUUCAAAAGAAUAGGUGCAGUUUUAGACCGCUGGUACUUCUUUGAGGCUGUUUCUCCAUGUGGCAGUCCCGGUUUUAUUUGUCCUGCCAAUGGUUUCACACUAUUCCACUCAAGAACAGGUGGUAAUAACAGGCCAAGGAAUUAUGUGAUGCUCUAGCAAAGGAAGGAAGGCUGUAUGGGGAGUUCACUGAGAGUAUCUGGCAGCCUUAAUAGCACCAAGAACUGCUUCCAUGGGUCACAAUGAAAGGAAAUAACCCAAUUAUCCUAAUAAUAUCUGCCAAUUAAUUUUUGUUCAACAGUGAAUUUAAAAAAACAUCAGGAGGAAUCCUCUGUUUUACUGAUUUUAUAGGAGCUAUGCGCAGAGUUUCGUUCUUUAUACUCAGGCCAAACAAUUUUAAUACCAGCUGUUUGACACCAGCACGUGACAGUCUGUUUCAAGGCUUCCCCAAGUGACGAUUAUAAGUUCUGUCUCCGCUGCUAUGAAACUCUAGUGAUGUGAAGUUAAAGUAGAGUCCAAGCUGCCACCAUAUUUAGUAAGUGGGUGAUUUUUGAAACCAGGUUGUGUCUGUCAGUUUAAAGGCCGCUCUCACGUAUCCUCCAAAUACCUCCUUUCUCCUUGAUCCUCUCUCCUACGAGCCACAAUAUUGGCCAGGGGUCUCCACUUUACAGAUGUGUUGUCAGCAAGCCUUAUCAUAAGAAGAGUUUCCCAUACACAACUCCGAAAUAAAUUUUAAGUUCAAUUUAAGUUUGAAAAAGAUUCAAGAUACCAGGGGUGGGAGAAAAAAAUCAAUACAGCAUAGCAUCACAAUAUUUUGUCUGGUGAUAUAUCGUAUAGUCUCAUUUACCAAGUAUCGAUUUUUCAAAUUAAUUACUAAUAUGAAGUGAAAUAUAUGGUAAUGAAAAAAUAAAAUCAACUGUUUGUCCAGUGAGGUUGGCAGAGGUGACAUAAUCUAAGUUAGCACAAAAAAUAUAGAUAUAAGGUUUGCAGGAUGUGCUAUAUGAAAAUAAAAUACAGCUAAAUAAGACAAACAUAGAGAAAAGCCGAAUGCUGAAUUAGCUAAACAGUUGAAAAAAUGGUAUAAAUUGCAAUAUAUUGUAUCGCAAUACUCAAUGUUUUGCAAAAUGUUAAAAAUCGCAAUAAUAUUGUAUCCUGGCCCAAGUAUUGUGAUAAUAUCGUAUCAUGGCCACUAGUGAUUCCCACCCCUACAAGAUACUAACUUUUUUAAAAUUAGUUUCUUCAUUGUUUAAAUUUUUCAAAUAAAAUGUGAUCGUAGUUGCUACAAAUAGCCUCACACUUCAGCAAUAGCCUUAUCUCAGAGCUUGUUUUUGUACCCUGGUUGUCAUAGUACUGCUUUGCUGCUUAGAGGACUCAGACUGAUCAGGUAGAUGGUGUUCUGUAGUUUAUUUGAAGAGGUUCAAUAUAAGAUAAUAAUAUUGUUUAGGUGUGAGAUCAUUGUUGGCUUUUAUGGGUAAAUUAAGAAUAUUUGAAAAGAGUAAACCUGCUUACUUCAGACAUUGUUAGCAAUUUCACUGGAUUUGUCUCGGCAACAAACACGCAAACAGUCUCCAUGUGUCUGUGGAUGUACACCUUUAUCCUCCUUCUCGUCUCAUUUUUUGUCACCAGUGGACCGAAUCGUGGGUCUGGACCAGGUAGCAGGCAUGAAUGAGACAGCAUUUGGUGCUGCCUAUAAGACCAAGAAGGGCAUGUUUCGCACAGUGGGUCAGCUCUACAAGGAGCAGCUGUCUAAGCUGAUGGCAACACUGAGGAACACUAACCCCAACUUUGUGCGCUGCAUCAUCCCCAACCAUGAGAAGAGGGUGAGUCUGAGGAUGGUCCAGAACUGAUGCUAGAAAUUACUUUGAGGAGGAUGCACUAGAAUAUGAAAAUGUCCUUUUUUCUUUUCUUCACCCUCUUCAUGUAGGCCGGUAAACUUGACCCUCACCUGGUUCUGGACCAGCUGAGGUGUAAUGGAGUCCUGGAGGGGAUCCGUAUCUGUAGACAGGGUUUCCCCAACCGAAUUGUCUUCCAGGAGUUCAGACAGAGGUAGAGUUUUCAUCAGAACAUCACUGUCACAAUUUAACAUUGCUGGUGUUUGAUUAUUUUCCCUAUGGCUCUCCUUUCUGUCUGUUCUGUGUCCAGAUAUGAGAUCCUCACGCCAAACGCUAUUCCCAAGGGCUUCAUGGAUGGAAAACAGGCCUGUGAGAGGAUGGUGAGAGCUCGACUGUCAUGAGAUAAUCCAGAGAGCUGACAAAUAAAAACAGAGCUCUUGAUGCCAACAUUUGUUUAGAUAUAAACAAUUUUAAGAUAAAAAAAGAAGACUCUGUACUUCUGUUACCUUCAAUCGCCCUUUUCUUUUCCUACUCCCCACUAGAUUUCAGUCUGUAAAUCACAAAACUACAAACUACAUUAAUAUUUAAGACUGUAUUCAGAUUUGUUUUUCUUCUGAUUUUUCUGCUUCACUCUUUUAUGGUCACCUCCUCCAUGGUACAUGAUUACUAUUUAUUCUUACAUCCUGGAAACAAAAAUAUAUGUGUGUUUACCUUUGUACCAAGCCCUUUUAAACCAAAUUAGUGAUAAAAAGGAAGUUUAUGUGACCUGUUGCAUCAAAGAAGUCCACAGUAAAUCACUGGAACUACUUGGUUGUUGUUUCGUUGUUUAGUUGCACCAUGCAGACAUACAAUUCAAAUGAACUAAAUCUGGUGUCUCUCAUUCUCAAUCGUUUUCCAUCUUUCCAAAUAAUGUACAAUGACAACCUUAGAACUAUAUCUGCUGAUUCAACCCCUAAAACCCUCAAAAGAGAGUGUUAAUAAACUCCCCCUUGAAUUAGAAUUGUUGUUCAAACUUUUUAAUCAAUUUUGCUCUUCUGUUGCCCGUAGAUUCAAGCCCUGGAGCUGGACGGUAACCUCUUCCGCAUAGGUCAGAGUAAGAUCUUCUUCAGGGCUGGAGUCUUGGCUCACCUGGAGGAGGAGAGAGACCUGAAGAUCACUGACAUCAUUAUUUACUUCCAGGCUGUCUGUCGGGGAUAUCUGGCCCGCAAGUAAGAAACACCCUAAACAGCCAGCUGAAUUUCAAACAUUUUCAGGUCACUGUUCUUAUUCUUUGUCCUCUCUCACUCUCAUCUGUCAGAGCUUUUGCUAAGAAGCAGCAGCAGCUCAGCGCCCUCAAGGUUCUGCAGAGAAACUGUGCCGCCUACCUGAAACUACGUCACUGGCAGUGGUGGAGACUUUUCACAAAAGUGUGUUUAUGCCUGCCAAGUUAUUAUGUAUUCAGUGAUUGUUUUGCAUGUUUAGUCUGAAGUAUUUGAGCCGUGAGUUUAAUGUGUCUUCUUGCAGGAGUGUCCAAUCCUCUUUUCAGACAUCCUCUCUCUCUUCUGUCUGUUCAGGUGAAGCCUUUGCUGCAGGUGACCAGGCAGGAGGAGGAGAUGCAGGCCAAAGAUGAGGAGCUGGUCAAAGUGAAGGAGAAGCAGACAAAGGUGGAGGGGGAGCUGGUGGAGAUGGAGAGGAAACACCAGCAGGUGUGUAAAAGUGGCAUCAUGACUCUGCAGCAUCAGCACCAAAUAUGAACAAGGAUGAAUGACCGAGGCUUUUACUGUGUGCAGUUAAUGGAGGAGAAGAACAUCCUGGCAGAGCAGCUGCAGGCAGAGACGGAGCUGUUCGCAGAGGCCGAGGAGAUGAGAGCCCGCCUGGCGUCUAAAAAGCAGGAGCUGGAGGAGAUCCUUCAUGACCUGGAAUCCAGACUAGAAGAGGAAGAGGAGAGGAGCCAGGGCCUGCAGGGCGAGAAGAAGAAGAUGCAGUCCCACAUUCAGGUGUGCAUGAACCCAGGCAACAUAGAAGUAAUGUCUGACUCCUACAUUUUAAAAAGUCAACAAAAGUGAUGUAUAUUGCGUGUUUAGGAUCUGGAGGAACAGCUGGAUGAGGAGGAGGCCGGCAGACAGAAGCUGCAGCUGGAGAAGGUGACGGCUGAGGCCAAAAUGAAGAAGUAUGAGGAGGACAUUUUGCUGCUGGAAGACCAGAACUCUAAAUUUGUCAAGGUGAGGAAGAAGGCAUGAGAAGUUUUUGACUUCUGUCAGAAUUUGUAUGACUUUCCUUAAACUUCUCUUUCUCUGCACUCUGAUCAAUAGAAGAAUUGAGACCAUUAGAGUACCUUCAUGCCAGGAUCAGACAUUAACUCCCCUUCAUCUUUUCUUGUCCAGGAAAAAAAGCUGCUAGAGGAUCGAAUCAAUGAGAUGACCACUGUGCUCGCUGAGGAAGAGGAAAAAGCCAAGAACCUGGGCAAAGUCAAGAACAAGCAGGAGAUGAUGAUGGUCGACCUGGAGGGUAAGAGAGGGAAAACUGGAGGGCAAAAUGCACUAAAACGCUAAAGCAGUGUCAGAAAUUGUUGUCUUUCCUCUUGUCUUCUUCAGAGAGACUGAAGAAGGAGGAGAAAACUCGUCAGGAGCUGGAGAAGGCAAAGAGGAAGCUGGACGGGGAGACCUCAGACUUCCAAGACCAGAUUGCCGAGCUGCAGGCUCAGACAGAGGAGCUGAAGGUUCAGCUGGUGAAGAAAGAGGAGGAGCAGCAGACGAUGCAAUCCAGGUAUGAGAUGCUGAUGUGAGCAUGGAGGCACCUGUCUGAAUAAUAGAUCAUUUGGUCUUUUUGUUAUUGAAAGUGGGUUUGUUGCUCAUUUUGUAUCGUUCCCAAUUUCUUGAAGCUGCUGUGAGGAUUUUUUUACCCUUAUAAAACAGACUAAUAGUCACACUGAUGACUUUUUAUGAUAUACAAAGGCAAACAAGACCGUCAGCAGUUAUGUGACCAAAAAGAUCAAAGACGGCGCCUAAAAUUAAAAAUAAAAAAAGGAGAAAAACAGAAAGUCUUGACAUGUAUGCUUUUGGGCUCCAGGCUUCUUCUAGUGGGAUAGAAAAAGUAACAAAUAUAUGCAGAUUCACACAAAAUGCAAGUGGUAACAGGUACUGUCUUACACACAAACACACCAGAAGUGUCCAUGUAUCGCUCAUCAUUUGCCCCCACUUUCUUCUCUAUAUCAAACUUCAUUUAGAAGACAUAACGCCUCCAAAAUGGCAUCAAACAAACUCACAAAUUCUUUCAGCCCUGUGCAGUUUUUUCUUGUUUUUUGUCUCCUUGUAAAGCCACCAGGAGUUCUACUCUUGACUGCACAGAGCUUUGAUGUGCACUCUUAUCCUGAUGGAGAUCAAAUCUGUCUACAUACAGAUGAUAAUAGUCACCCUUGUCUAUAUAGCACUUUUCAAAACAGGGUUACAAAAUGCUUUUAAAAAAGAAAAGAAUGUGAGGACUACAAAAGAUUGAAACAUUUAAACAAUCAAACAUCAAUGGUGAUUUAACAACAUAAGAGAUGAAACUAGAAAAAAAAGGUAAUGAUAUGGAAGAGAUGGAUUAAUGGCAAAAAUGAGACAGAAAUAAAGUUUUAAAAAAAGCUCCAUGAAAAAAUUUAAAAACACUGAAAAACCACGAGCGGAUAAAAGGGUGAGUGAGUGAGUCAGCAAUAGCAGCUUGUGGAAAUAAAACAACCCACCAUGAAUAACAACAAAAGCUCUUCUCUAUCUCCGCUCUUUCUGCAGUGUUGCCUGUAUUUGCAGAGGUUGUGCCUCCAACAGCCUCAGGUUGAUUUAACAACAAAGAUAAUGUCAUAGUGAUUUUAACAGAAUUUAUGUUCACAUAUAUUAUUUAUCGUUCACCCAGAGGUGGAAAUGUUUUUUUGAUCACUGAAGAGUUUGAGCGUGACAUACCCUGAAAAGGGAAGAAAGGGGAUGAAUUUUCCUCCGAAUAAAUGCAUCAUGCCUCGUUCAAACACACCCACACUGCACCAGCACUCAGAGUUUAAGCUUUGUAUCUGUUCUGUGAAGAAGAUUGAAUCAUUUUAUCUCAUUUGCACAGGUAUAGUGGACACUAAAAUUGCACAAUCCUUUUGUGAGGGCCCACUCACUGGUAAAUCAGCCUCUCCACUGUCAAGAGCCGUGUGUUUUUAAGACCUUUGAGUGCCAGAUGAUGAUGGCAAUACGGACUCACACUAAAAGACAAAACAACACAAAUGAAAACACUAAAGAUCUACCAAAUUAAAAAUAAUUAAAACAAAAUAAUCAAAGAAUAGAAUUAAAGAUACAGGAAGGAAGAAAAACACACAGAUAUCACAGUAAAAGACAUAUUAUAAAGAGAAAAACUAAAAAACUGAAAACAUACAGUCAGACUUGAAAAACUUGCACUGAAACACACAAAAGCUCUCAAAAGACACUUAAAUCCACAAUCAAUCAUUAACCUGAUCAAAUACACAAAGAAACCUGCAGCAUAUACACACAAAACAUGAUCUGAAUACACUUCAAAUUUGCAAGAAACACACACAGUAUGAAAAUGAACACAAACAGAAAAAGGGGCAAAUAUAAAGAGGCUAAAAGAAUUACAGAUCGUAAAAGUUGAUGUACAGAUUAAAGUGUUUAAAACCUUUUUUUUUUCAGCAAAUUGUUACCUGAUGUAACUCUGUUUGGGCUAAAUUUAAUAUUGAGUCAGUGAGGAUCCGCUUCAUGUUGUGAGUCAGUGUGUGAGAUAAGUGUUACAUACCUGCUCUGUUUGAUCAUCACACUCAACACUGUUGCAGGAUUCAUCCACACCUGCUGUUAAACAUGUGCUGCAUUUUACUGCACUGAUUAGACUCAGAGGGCUCUGAUGGAGUCAUCCUGUAAAACUGAAUUAGCCUCUGAGCUUUGACCUAUUGUUGUUAUACUCGCUCACACAUCACUGACUGUCACUGCAUCAGAAUGUGUGGGAUGCAUGGCAGUGAAAGAAAGAAAGAAAGAGGAAGAAAAUUACAUUGGUUCAAGAGGUUUGUUUCAAAAACACAAGUCAAAAAGUUCAGACAAUUUGACAAAGAAUCCAAAAUCAAAAAUAAUGUUUUUAAAAGGGUAAGUUAAGGGCAUUUUAACAUGUAUCACAGUCACUACAUCACACAGCUUCCUCAACAGUGCAGCUGAGAGGAAACUGGUUGCAAUAACACUGACUCUGCUACCACCUAGUGGAGAAUUCGCCAGGUGACAUCAAUGAAUUUGUAAUACUCACAGAGUUUUCAUAUAGUAGGCCUUGAAGGAAAAAAAAUACAGCUUGGAUUAUCAGGUUUUUACCCUACUUAUUUAAAAGGUAUAUUUCAUUUCAAUUUCUAGUUAAUAAUUUUUGUUUUUAAUUUUGUUCAGUUUGUUUGGAGCCAUAAGACUCUACCAGCUUCCUGUCUGUUGUGUUGGAGCCGCUCUUCAUCAUUUGUGUGUUCACAGGGGCGAGGAAGAGGUGAGCCAGAAGAACAAUGCUCUGAAACAGGUGAGGGAGCUGCAGGCUCAGCUGGCUGAGCUGCAGGAAGAUCUAGAAUCAGAGAAAGGGGCCAGAAACAAGGCUGAAAAACUGAAGAGGGACCUGAGCGAGGAGCUGGAGGCUCUGAAGACUGAGCUGGAGGACACGCUGGAUACCACUGCGGCCCAGCAGGAACUGAGGUAGAGUUCUCUGCUAUUGACAUCACCUUAUUUUACACUUUUAUGACACUAAAUAGCGGCCUUACACUGAUGAUAUGAGUAUUGAAAUAGUCUUCUUUAAAUCUUAUAUUUGCAAUAAAUAUAAAAAUGUGCAUAAUGUUUGCAGCAGCAGGGAAACUUACUGACACAGUCUGUGAAUUCAAGUAUCUUGAUACAGAUUCAGAUUCUGCUUUUAACUUUUAAAGCCAUGCAAACUAGGAAUAUUAUGUAUUUCGUGAACACAUUAUCCAAAGUAUGUAAAGAGUUAUUGAAAAAAGGGGGAAAAUAACAAAAAAAGAAUGAAGAUGUAGCACAGGGAAGCAGUGUAAUCUGUAUAGUUUACAUGGUGGAACAUUAAGAUUUUUAAAAAGUGCUGCACAAACAACAGAGCUCUUCAAUUAUUUUUAUUAUUUUUCUUGUUUUGUACACUUUUUCUCUCUUUUGCUAUACUUGAUCUUGUGAUUGCAAUUAUUUCUUACCAAAAAGUCAACAAAAUAUUCUGUAAAAAAAAAAAACAGGAUGUUAAAAUGCAAACACUAAAAUAUAUCACCAAAUAUAUUAAUAAAUAAAUAACCACUAUAAAAUUUUUCUGCCUUACAAAGAUAUGGUAUGUACACCAGAAUCACCACUAGGGGGAGCUGUAAUAUUGGACAUUGGUACAGUAAUGUGCACUAAGAGUACUCACUACAUACUAUGUAUUAACAUAGUACUGAACUUAAAGAGUCAUCCAGAAAUACAGCUUCCAGCAAAUCAAGUAUGAACAUACGUCUGUUCCUAAAGUUUAAACUACGUGUCAUAGUUUUGUAUAUUUUCAUCAAAGUCCUCUGUCUCUGUCAGAUAAUCAUGAAAACCAAUCCCUGUUUUCUGUGGUCAAGGACUAAGCGUGAACAGGAGGUCGCAGAGCUGAAGAAGAACAUCGAUGAAGAGUCUAAAAACCACGAGGCUCAGAUCCAGGAGAUGAGACAGAGACAUGCAGCUGCUCUGGAGGAGCUUUCUGAGCAGCUGGAACAGUCCAAGAGGGUAACACAACUGUCACGACUCUACAUUCAAAUAUCAGGAGGUAAAGUUAAAUCAGUCAGAGUCUGAAUAUGCGUGUGUUUGUUGGUGGCUGUGUGUAGUUCAAGGCCAACCUGGAGAAAACCAAGCAGAGCCAGGAGAGCGCCAACAAGGAGCUGGCCUGUGAGGUGAAGACUCUGCAGCAGGCGAAGACCGAGUCCGAGCACAAGAGGAAGAAAGUGGAGUCUCAGCUGCAGGAGUUCAUGGCCCGAGUCACAGAGGGGGAGAGGGCCAAGGGAGAGCUGGCUGAGCGCACGCACAAACUGCAGGUUAUUAACAAGAUUGAUCCAACACAGCAGAAUCAGUUCAACUAGACUGUUACACUACACUGUAUGUUCUCCCCACACUGAAAACUGUUUUUAUAUCUUGCAUACAGUCUGAGUUGGACAACGUGUCAGCUUUGUUGGAAGACGCAGAGAGGAAGGGGAUCAAAAUGACCAAAGAUGUUACUGGACUAGAGAGCCAACUGCAGGACACACAGGUGACCGACUGACCUUCUGAGUUUUUAUCAUCAGAUCAUCGUAACACAGCCUUUCUGUCAAAACUAACGUGACAAAUGCUGCUCCCAACGCAGGAGCUGCUCCAAGAAGAGACUCGUCAGAAACUUAACCUCAGCAGCCGAAUCCGUCAGCUGGAGGAGGAGAAGAAUGCUCUGCAGGAGCAGCAGGAGGAGGAUGAGGAGGCGCGCAAGAACCUGGAGAAGCAGAUGAUGACCCUUCAGGCCCAGGUGGGACAUAUAAACCCUGGUUCCUAUGAUGAAGAGUCUCAAAAUUUAGAAGAUCCUCACAUUUGUCACAUGUCCCAAAAAGACCCAAAGUGCUAUGAUUAAAGAUUGAAUUGUUUGUUUCUACUUUUUCAUUUCAGAAUAAAUUAACAUAUAUUCAAAGCUCAGUAGUGGCUGUAAUUCCAGUGUUUUGUGUGUUUGUAGCUUUCAGAGAGCAAGAAGAAGCUGGAGGAUGAUGUGGGAACUAUCGAUGGUCUGGAAGAGGUGAAGAAGAAGCUGCAGAAAGAUUUGGAACUGUCCAACCAGCGUCUGGAGGAGAAGACCAUCGGCUUUGAAAAGAUGGAGAAGACAAAGACGCGUCUGCAGCAGGAGCUGGAUGAUCUGACUGUAGAUCUGGAUCACCAGAGACAGAUCGUGUCCAACCUGGAGAAGAAACAGAAAAAGUUUGACCAGGUAAGAACUCACUGAAGCUGGUCUUACAUAUAUUUCUUCUGAACUUUAUUUUUAAGUUUUUUCCCACUGCUUUUAUAGAUGCUGGCUGAGGAGAAGAGCAUCUCAGCUCGCUACGCCGAGGAGCGUGACCGUGCUGAAGCUGAGGCCAGAGAGAAGGAAACCAAAGCUCUGUCCUUGACCAGAGCUUUGGACGAAGCGCUGGAGGCCAAAGAGGAGCUGGAGAGAGUUAACAAGCAGCUUCGAGCUGAAAUGGAAGAUCUGAUGAGCUCCAAGGAUGACGUGGGCAAAAAUGUGAGUGUUAAAUUCAAAAGAAAAAAAGAUAAUCUGCUCAGCUUUAGCUUCACUUUCACAACUCAUGAAGUUCCCAUGAACCAAUCACCCUCUGCUCAUCUCCUCUCAGGUCCAUGAGCUGGAGAAGUCCAAGCGCACUCUGGAGCAGCAGCUGGAAGAGAUGAAAACACAGCUGGAGGAGCUGGAGGAUGAGCUGCAGGCCACCGAGGACGCCAAGCUGCGUCUGGAGGUCAACAUGCAGGCCAUGAAGGCUCAGUACGAGAGAGACCUGCAGGGCCGCGAUGACCAGAGUGACGAGAAGAAGAGGGCGCUCGUCAAACAGGUGCAAAAUCACACCAAACAUCAAGUACAGCUCAUGGUAGAAGUGUUCAGUUCCCUCAACACUUCUGUACAUAUACAGUGCUACAAUCUGAACUAUCUACUAGUUCAUCGUAAGUACCAACUGAAUAAUGAUAAAGAGUCAUGCAGAUAACAGACAUUUGUUUGAUCAAUAAGUUAAUCCGAUCUUACCUAAAAACUCUUUGGAUUAUAAACUAAUCAAAAACUGAGGACAUUCCAAACAUCCAGUUUAAUCCCCAAAACUAGUUUUAAUUUACAGUUGUGACAUGGAAACAAAAGAAAAAAUACAGAUAAGUGGGAAAGUUAGUUAUUUAUAUCUACUCCCUUACAGGUGCGAGAGAUGGAGGCCGAGCUGGAAGACGAGCGGAAGCAGAGAGCUUUAGCUGUGGCGGCUAAAAAGAAGCUUGAGAUGGAUCUGAAGGACAUCGAGGGUCACAUCGAAGGAGCCAACAAAGCGCGAGAUGAAGCCAUCAAACAGCUGCGCAAGCUACAGGUACGAGUAUUUCACGCUCAGGUUAGGUGAAGUUUUACUCUGAGCAGCUGUUUUUAUUCAUUUAUUUUUUCUGCUUUAGGCCCAAAUGAAAGACUACCAGAGGGAGUUAGAGGAUGCCAGAGCCUCCAGAGAUGACAUUUUUGCCUUAUCGAAGGAAAAUGAGAAGAAACUAAAGAGUCUUGAGGCUGAGAUUGUUCAGCUACAUGAGGUACAGGAGGAUGGGACAGGGAUGCUUCUAAAAUAUGAUUGAAAUUAUGUUGUAUUUUGAACGUACAAGCAUGAGUUGAGUUGUGUUGAUGAAAAAUAAAUCCCUCUAAUGUCAGGCUGGAGACAGAAACACUUCUAACUUUUCUCUGUUCAGGACCUGGCAGCAUCAGAGAGAGGCCGACGCCAUGCAGAGCAGGAACGGGACGAACUGCAAGAUGAAAUCUCAAACAGCACAUCUGGAAAGUAUGUGUCACUUAACUGUGAUGACUUCUUUUUUAGGCAGCAUGUGCUAAUUUUCUCAGUAAAAUUUAGGAGUCUUAAAUUUAGAAUUUAGGAAGAACUUUAAAAAACUACGUACAGUUCUUUUCACUCGCAACAAGUGAAUGUAAAUACCGCAGUGAAGUUGGUUUUAGGUUGGAUAUCCAGCGGACAUUCGCUGCGGAUCUAUGGGUGUCUUCUCACUUUCCAUAACCGGUAAUAGCAACAGCAGCGCGGUCAAAUCUACUCUCACCCUCGCUGUCAACAUUGGGCAUAAGGGACCAUCAAUAAAUUACCGGUUGAUGUUAUCAGAAAAGACUGUUUUCCUUCAAUAGCUUCAAUGUCAUGUGACCAAAAGACCUAAAAUUGAUUUCAAAUAGUAGUACUUAAAUCGACUAAUAUGACAAACAUUAUUUGAUCAAUUUUCAUUGUGCCCCUUAAGUUCUUUGUGUGCUCCUUAAAUUUUCAUCUUAAGAGCAUGUGUGCUCCCUGUUAAAAAAGUUAGUGUCAAGUUAGUGUCACUUAAUUGAUGUAGAACUUGUCAAAAACAAACAACAAAAAAUUUGACUAAAUGUAUUCAAUUACAAAAAAAACAUGCAGAUAACCAUUAUUAAUACCACAAAAACGAGGUAAAUAACAUUCAAAACAUCAACCAACAAAUGAAACAUCAGCAAUACAAGGUAAUAAAAGGAAAUACAACAAAGCCAACAAGCCAGAUGAAGCCCAAACUGGAAAUAACCGGUCAUCUCUUGAGACUAAUCAAGAUUUUAGGACCUUAACCUCAACAGGCCCUCAGGAAUCAUAAAAAAGGCUUUUUUGUCAGGUGAUGAAAGUGGUCAUGAGUUUUUUUUGUGUGUUUUGGUUCAGAUCUGCUCUGAUGGAUGAGAAGAGGAGGCUUGAGGCUCGCAUCGCUCAGCUGGAGGAAGAGCUGGAGGAGGAGCAGGGCAACAUGGAGCUGCUCAAUGACCGCUUCAGAAAGUCAACCAUGCAGGUGAGCUGUGAUGUUAGAUCUUCAGUGAUCUUCUUUAUUUACACUGAAUAAAACUUAUUUUUGUUCGAGCAAUGUCCAAGUUUACCUGCAGUAUGAUAGAUUUAAUAACCCCCCUUUUUCAAUCCCUUCCUCACCUACUCCUCUGUCUCUCCCUCAGGUGGACUCUCUGUCCACAGAACUGAGUGCAGAGCGCAGCUCAGCCCAGAAGAGCGAAAACGCUCGUCAGCAGCUGGAGCGUCAGAACAAGGAGCUUCGGGCCAAACUGGGCGAGCUGGAGGGAUCAGUGAAGAGCAGGUUCAAGGCCUCCAUCACUGCACUGGAGGCGAAGAUCUCACAGCUGGAGGAGCAGCUGGAGCAGGAGGCCAAGUGAGAGCUCAAUACUCUGAUCUGCUUGAUUAAACUAAUGAUAAUGAUUUAUGAUGAUAUUUGUAGAGUGAAAUAAGAAACCAAACUUAAAGGAAAUGGUUUGUUUUUAAAGGGAGCGAGCUGCAGCCAACAAGAUGGUGAGGAGAACUGAGAAGAAGCUGAAAGAGAUCUGCAUGCAGGUGGAGGAUGAGCGUCGCCAUGCCGAUCAGUUUAAAGAACAAGUAUGUGUCGCUUAUGAUCAUUUCUUGAUUUACAUGAGCCCCACCUUUUUCCUGUCAAAGUUAAUUGUGCUGCAUCCAACUACUUUGAUUGUGUGAAGGUGGAAAAGGCAAACUCCCGCAUGAAGCAGCUGAAGCGUCAGCUGGAAGAAGCAGAAGAGGAGGCGACGAGGGCCAACGCCUCACGCAGGAAACUGCAGAGAGAGCUGGAUGACGCCACCGAAGCCAGUGAGGGUCUGAGCCGCGAGGUUCACACACUCAAGAACCGCCUCAGGUAAUGCUGAAGCAUAUAAAAACAUCCACCAUAUGGCAUUCAGUAUUCAUCAUCUUAUUUUGUAUAUAUCAUGCUGUUUACAUCCAGAAGUCUUUUUUUCUUUGACAUACAAGUGUACUAAAGUUGGCCUUUUUUCUUUUUUUAACAAAGCUACAGUGUCAGUCAAACAUUAAGCCUCUUUUCACCUACCUUAAAGACUUUCUAAGUAGCCAAAAAACAGAUAAAAAUGAUUACGAAGCCUCAGUUUGACCUUCAAAUUCAAAGAAACUCAACAAGUAAAUUGAUUGAAACUAUAUUUAAUGUUUUAAUGCCUAUAACUGCUGGCAUCUGGUAGGAUAUUAAGACAUUGAUCUUGAUGCUAAUUGUUUUCGAUAUCAUGAAAAGGCAUCAGUAUAAAUUUCAGUCCAUUUUACUGAGGUCAAAAACUCACUGGAGCUUUAAGAAUUACAGAACCAAGUUUCUGAUAUCAAGGGAAAUAAGAGUUUUUAUCUAAGGAGAUUUUUAUUUAGCAGAUGUCGACCAGGUGUACAUGUGCCUUUGUGACUUGGUGAUAUAUAUGAAGGAUCAGAAAACAAACUGAAAGAGCCCUUGUUUGAUUUUUACCCUUAAAAGUUUCCACAUCUGUGGUUUUUUAAAGGGUGCAGAAGAAAGUUUUCAUACAGAGGAUUUUUGAACAUAAAUGGGCAAAACCAGAAUUGACAAAGAACAUCCAGCAGCUUAAAUCGAACACAAAUCAACACUUUUUUCCACUGAUUGAUCCCACUCCCCUUCCUUCUACAGACGUGGCGGCCCCAUCAGCUUCUCCUCCAGCCGCUCAGGCAGACGUCAGCUGCAGGUGGAGGGCACUUCUUUGGACCUACUCUCUGACGAUGAGCUGGAAAACAAGAUCACUGACAACAAUGCCAAUGAGACACCAGCUACACAGCCCCAGCAGGAAUAG